GUCCUCAUUGCGAGUCUGCAAACCGGCGAGCUGAAAAGCGCUUCUAAAAUGCGCGAAAGUUGAGAAAUUUUUCACGUCAAUACGCCUCUUCCAACAUCCUCAGAAUGCUACGGAUGUGGGACAAACGAAAACUCAUUUCGUUAGUAACCACGAGAAAAUGUAUGGUUGAGUAGCAGUUUGUUUACAUUGUCCCCGUUUUGGUCACCGAGGCAUGUAAUAUUGAAACAGGGCAGACACGCUGAAAUAUUACAAUGGCUAAUUCCGAUGUAAGUAAGCCUUUUACCUGGUGGUUUUCUUUCCGUUAUGAUGCAUUAUAUUACAUUAAUAUUUUGUACUUUUGUUUUUUGUUUAUUUCAUUUCAAACUAUUGCAAGCACUAGUUGUGCUUUUAAUCUUAUCAGCAAAUCUAAUCUGCAAUAAGUCAUUAAGCUUAAUUUGUCUGAACAUAAAGUUUUAAUUCUUUGAAACGAAAGUUUAUCUGGUUGUUGAAAUCAGAUGACACAUUAAACUGUUCGAAAUGAAGUUAUGAAACAGUAAAAUAUUUUGUUCCGCAUUCCAAUUUCCAAAAUAUUAUCUUUACAAAGUAAUAUAAAGAUGUAUUUUCUUGACUUAUCCUCUUUGGCAUAAUUAUGUUAGACUAAGACUGGCUUUUAUAAGAAUUUUUGAUCAACGAGUUGAGCAUCAGUUAUCUUUACAUACUCAGGCAGGGAUUUCAAUUGAAGUAACCUGCAGGCUUGAAUAAAGUAACCGACUGUACUAACCUGUGGGCCUUGACAUUUACAUUCAGAUUUUAUGACAUAUUUGUCGUUUACGACAUUGUAAACACUAGUUGUUUCUUCUUUCGGGGACAACAGUAGCUGAAUUCUCUGAGCAAAGUAACUGAUGAGUUUUGUCAGUCGUCAGUGCUUAUUGAAACCCCUGCUUAGGGCUAGGAAAAAUUUCCCAUCCAGCAGUCCAUGACAAGCAGCUUUACUUGCUAGGCAAGCAACUUUUAAAGCUUACUUGCCCAAUUGGCAAGCCAGAGUCCAGGCAAUUCAUCCUCCAACAAAGUCAUUAACUAAGACAAGCGAAAAGUGGCCCUUGGCAAGUGAAAUGUGACGGCUGCUAGCCCAAAGGACAAGCUGGAAUUUAAUUUUUUUCGAGCCCUGAUUCUGUAAGGCAUUAGUUGGGUCAUCUCUAAAUAGGUAAGGGUAAUUGGGUACUCUGGAAAUGAAAGUGUUUGAUACUAUAGUUUUGCAAAAUUUGGGAAGCAAAACUUUUCAAAAGAAAACAUUGAGUUACAUUGUAAUUCCCUGGAACGGAUGAGAAGUGUUUUAAAAAAUUAAAUAACUUUGUUAUUUUUUCUAGCACCAGCUUCAAUCACUACAGUCUUAUGUGAAUGAGUUAAGCGAUCAAAAUGAGAUUCUUGUACAGACGGUUGAAGAGCUCGAGCGGGAAGCAAAUGAUCGCGUGGCUCUGGUGGAGGGUAAACUUCAAAGAACUACUUAUUCCCUUAAGGUGCGUUGUAAAUUCAUUAUAAGAGCUGUUAAUGUGAGAGCUAUGUGAUUUUUGGGGCCAUAGUCCCAUCUGAUCCAUUCUCUCUUUUGACUGAAUUGUACUUUUUCUUUUACAUGGUACGGUCAAUUCUCUCAUAGCAGCCGGACCACUUCUCGUAAGCAACUCACCUCCUAUAAGCGGCCACUUUGUAAAUAACCAUUUCGUUUCUCAGUCAAAUACUGUUUCAAAAACUCUCGUAGGCAACCACUUCUCAGAUUUUUAAAGCGCCCAGGUUGCGACCACUUUUAAGACCAGAAAUUUGACAUGAUUCUUUUGUUUUCUGUUGUCAGUAACUGACCACCGGGCAUGAUCACGUUUGAUUGUAAGAAAACCAUUGCUCAAAUGUCAAAAGGGUUCAGUUUUUUUUAAAAUAGCGCUGACCAAGCUUGCUGACAGAUUAUAGCAGUUGAUUUACAAAAUAGAUGGCUAUGAUAUGAUCUGUGGGUAAAAAGAGUGGACUGUUAAAUUGUUGAAAAAUGUUAUGUACAAAGGUUCAACAGUAAAUUUCAACAGUUCAAAGUGCUGUUUGACAUGAAACAUUAUUUCCGGUUGUCUAUUAAUUUAGGUUGUAAGGGGAUAACUUUAUGCAGUUAUAUUAAUCAGUUCAGUUUGAGCUUAUUUUCCCCUGUAAGUGACAAUUUUUUCCUGCACUGAGGGUGGUCGCUUACAAGAGAGUUGACUGUAUCUGAAUUAUAUGAUGGCGGCAAAAUGCAGAGUCACAACACAAUCAAUUUCUGUGGCAACUCAAUGAAUAUUACCACAGAACAAUAAGUGCAAGGCGGCAACACACAAUAGUGCACCAAGGACCCACAGCUAAAGUCAACAGACUCGGGGUAAAGCAAGAAAAGUGUUACCCUGGCAUUGUAGCAUGAUUACAUUUGCAGUCUAAUUUCCCAGCAUUUCGUACGAAAGAAGCCAGGGUUGAUGCAUGUAGUAUGUAGCUGGCUGGGUCAAAAUCCCCCGUCCCUGGCCUAGCUCUUAGUGACAGCCCUGGAUUGUAGUAUGGCAUUUAACUCAUUUAAUCAAUGAUGAUUGUUUAAACAAGUUAACAUUUUUAUGAAUGUAGGAACACAUGGGAAGAACAUCUGAACUAGAGCACCAAGUGGACAAGCUGAAUAACGAGAAGAGAGAUUAUGUGGAAGAGAUAAAGGUGAGUUUUAUAAAAUCUGUUAUUAUGGCUAUCACUCAGGAAAUUUUUUUUUUUUCAUAAAGCAGUAGUCACUCAAAGUCUAGUAGAUGGUAUCAAAAUUAUUAUUAUGGCAAGUUAUUGAUGAUUACUACAGUAACAUUCAGGAAUUGAAAUGUUUUAUGAAACCCAUCAACUAAGACAUCUUGCAUACACUACUCACUUAAAUAUGAUAUGUGUGAUCUUACCUGUAGCUUAUCAGAAUGACUGAAUAGGGGAAGAAAUUACUGUGUUAUGAUCGUGAGCUGACUACUGCACCACUAUUGUGAUUAUCGUUUUGGCAGGCUAUCACCCCAUGAUCAAUGUAAAAUUUUUGCAGGGGUACUCACAGUAUUUUUCGAAGUAACAUCCAUAUAAACUAUACUUUCUUUUCCUGUGUCCUUCUCUAUCAGGUAUAAUAUUUUUAUCAUCAACCAUUCUAUUCACAUGUAACCUUAUAAGUAAUUGUUUUGUACCUGUAAUUUGUUUUGUUACCAUUGAUAGUCUUUGAAGGAAGAGCUAAAUGUAACAGCCCAACAGCUUGCACAUCUGGAAACUCGCCAAGAAGACUUAGACUAUGACAUUGAUAACCUGGUGAAUCUGAUUGGUACCGCGAGAGCCACAGGAAAAUGGGAAGUAUGUUUGACAGAAUAUUGAAGUAUUGUACACUAACAUUACAGUAUAAAAAUGCUGCCCUCAAACCUGUAUGAAGUGAUCACUGACUCUUAAGCACAGGGUUGCCCUUUUCAAAUUAAGCAGCAGGUGAAUUUCCUCUUGUAGGCAGAAAAAUCUUUGUGCACAAGACCCCCUUUCAGUGGAAAGACUGCAAGGUUUGCUUAGUUUCCGGCAACGAGCCUCUUUACAGGCAGCAAAAGUUGUCCGUCACGGGCCACCAACGAAGUGGCCAUCACUGUAAAGCUGACAUCCGUUUACAAUAAGGUUAAGUCAUGUUAUACACUAAGUACAGUGAAACCCUCAAAAAACAAAUCCCUAUUAUGAAACCCACUGCUGGAUCUUGGGAUUGUUUAUAGAGGGGUCUAAACUGUAGUGCUCACUGUUGGAACUAUUUGCCCCUAAAUCAUUUUCAGCCAUCAUCAGUGUUAGUACUGUACACAUAUAAUAGAUCUUCUACGUGAUCUGUCAGUGGUAACAAUUUCAACUUCAAAGCAACUAGUCAGUAGAUUACUAAAAACAAUUAUUUCUGGUCAUAUAGGUUCAUUUCAACAGGGGGGGUGAACCCCCUGGACCGCCCCCGCCUUGCCCCCCUUUCCUGGAUCUGCCACUGAAACCCUUGGCAUAGCCAAGGCAAUAGACCUUUUUAGCUUGUAAUUUUUGUUUUCGCAUUUCAGUCCAUAUUUGGAUGUUACCCCAAAAAACUGUUUCUUUGAAAUGUUGUGCUAUCAACAAUCAUGCAUACUGCUCGAAUAAUUAAUGAAAAGUCACAAGGGAGAGCAUCACAAAGAUCUGAAUCGGGGAAAUAAAAUCUACCAGCUAAAAAGUUUUUCUUUCCAGUCAAAUGUUUAAAAAUGCACCAAUCAGGAUUUCUUCCCGUACCCCAAUGUUAAAACAAUUUACCCCUGGUGUUACAUGUACCAAUGGUUUUUGCAACCCUUGGCCCUUUGUUAUACCAUGCGUCUACUGUAACUAAGUGGUUAUUCUUCCACAAGUGCUUUGUACCCUGAAUGCAGUGUCUUAUGUGUGGAUGCACUGCUGUCAUUAAGGGCUAAGGGCAGGGAAUUGCUUCUGUUGACCCCUGCUAUUUUCAUAAUUCGCUGACCCUAUAAUGGAGGUCAAAGGGAUAUUACUAAAACUAGUGACGCCUCCCCUCCCACUCCAAACAAAGUUGAAUUGUGAGCAAAAUGGGUGGAAAUGAGUGCUUUUUUUGGCCACAACAUUACUGGGGGGAGUGGGGAAGGGGGAUAACAGGAUGACCCCAAAGGCGAUCUAAAAUAAUGACAUAAGGAGCAGGGUCCUACAUGUACAUAACAAUUACGUUGAAGGGCGUUUUCACAGCCCCAAGUUCGUUUGUCCUUCAUUGUAGUUAUUUGAUUCCCCACCUACUAACUGUAUUUAACCAACAACUUAAAAUAUGUGUGACAGCCCUAAUUCCCUGUGCACGUCCAAUUCUACUUUUUGGGACACCAGACUGAAGGUACAUGUAUUUCGGUGCUGAUGUAACAUUUGGUUCUUUCUGGUUUGCUUUCAGUUGGCUGGCUUAGACCUGAGAACUGUGUCGCUUGAUGCCAUCUUAGGAGCACAUGCUGCAGCUUCUAAGGAAUUGUGAGUAUUUGUCCACCCUACUUAGCAUUGCAGUGUACAUGUACAUCUGACAAACCCUAUUAACAUGUCCUUACUAUUCAUAGGACACCGAUACAGUUAGGUUACUUUUAACUAAUUAUUUAUUUCUCAUACAGGAGGGAGGGAGAAAAAAGACUCAAUGAUCACAUUGGGGAGCUCAAGAAGCAACUGGCUGCCAGGGAUCAAAUGAUUCAACGAUUACAAAAAGAUCUGAAAGGAAAGGAACAGGUAUACCAAAGUAUCUGGCUUCAGGGUCUCGAAACUAGUGUUACUGCCCUAAUUAGCACCCAUUGUAUUUCAUUAACUUUGUGUCAAGUGGAGGAAAAAAAAAUGGGAGGAAAGGGGAGAGGGGCUUGUUUUGUUUUUCAAAUUUCUGCUGCAAAAUAUCUCUUUUAUCUCCAAUAAAUGCAAAUGGUAAACUGCAGUAGGAGCUAUCUGUAUCUGUAAGAAGAAACAAAUCUCUUUGUGGUUACUUGUAAGUCCUUUUUCCUCAAAGGUCUGUUGGAACUGUUUCUCCAGACAAACUCGCGCUCGCUAUGAUCAAGAACAGAACGGUUUUAAUGCUUCUAACCCUCUCUCAGUAAAGAUUACAAACUCUAGCCAUGUGCUAUUUGUGCUGAUCAAUAACUUCUUGAAACAACAUCCUAUAAUAUCCAUAAAUCUGGCUCCCAAGCCCAGAUGACCUUAGAGAGUGCCUGACAAGUUCAGAAAGUAAAAAACAGGAACAAACAUUCUUUACAUGCCAAUAUCAGCCUACAAAUUCUCGCACUCUCUAAUUGGGAUCAAAUAAGAUGUAUGUUCAGUGUUUGACUGCUUCUUCUGCAAUGCGGCAAAGGUUCUCCGCUGCUACAGCUGCAGCCCUCCUAAAGGGGCCAAACUCCAUUGCUCUGGGAUCUAGGGAUGGGUCUUCUCUCAUUCGCUACUCUUGAUCAAAGGAAGGCUCUAAAGGAAACAGAUGCUGGACUGCCCGGUUAUGCUCAGCAUCCUGGAUAAGGAUCACAUCUCCUAGCUUGACAUUCAUCUCUUUGGAUUUGUGCUUCAUGUUUUCUCUUUCCCUCAGAGACUUCAGAUAUUGUACUCCCCACUCCACCGAUUCCAUAAAACCUCUUUAAACCAGCAUAGAUACUUCACUCUCUUCCUCAAGUCAGCAUCCCUUUAUUCUGUGCUUUCCUCUGGGACAAGGCUUGGUUGACCGAACAUCAUGGCAUAUGGAGUCAAAACUGGUAGCUGAGCAUCGUCUUCCAGAUAUGACAGAGGGUGAUUAUUCAGCGCCACUUCUACAUCCAGCAAGACCUCCUCAACCUCAUUCCAUGUAAGUUGACCAAUACUUUUGUACUAUGGCCAUUUUAAGACGCCCAUAAGCCUCUGAAAUUGUCCACCCCCCACCUGGGGGCUCUGCUUAGAUAAAAUUGCAACCUUAUUUCCUGAUGAGCAAGGUAGUUCUGAAGCUGUUCAUGUCUUACCACCCCAUUCAACCACUUCGCUGAGGCAACAAAACUUUGCUUGUUAUACGAAUAAAUCUUCCUGGGGUGGCCUUUUCUCAUGAUCAACCAUUUGAGAUACAGGAUGAACUCCUCAGCUGUUUGGUUUGGCAGCAACUUCAGGUGGACAGCUCUGGUUAAGCUGCAAGCAGAUAACAAACUAUAUGCUUUUCCUGUUUUUUUUUUUUUGUCUUGAGUUUGUACCCUAUUGGUCCUGCAAAGUCCAGGCCAACUACUUGGAAAGAGGCUUAUCCUUCUGUCCUGUCUGUUGGCAAUUUUCCAGAUGGUGGGUUUGAGAAAGUAGUAACUUGGAAUUUCUUGCACCCAUAGCAUCCUCUGAUAUCUGUCUUCCUGAGCUGUCUAAGCUGAGGCACCCAAUAUUGUUGAUGAACAAAACUCAUGGUAUGUUUAUCAUGGACAAUUCUCUCUGUUAACAAGCAUCUGAUGGUAAAUAGAUAGGGUACCUUCCCUGCAUUCUUCCUCUACACUCGUACAGACCCUCUUCAUUCUUCUGCAAAUUAAGUUUGAACUGAUCUUCAUGCAAUGUGUCUGUGUUUAACCUGCUGUUUUGAGCUCUUCCUACCCAGAAUUUCACUUGCUUGUCAGUCUGACAUGUGGUUAAUGAACCAGACAACUGGUACUUCUUGCCUUUCUUAGAGGUUUUGAUAAAUCUUGCUACCUAUUACAUGAUACGAACUGUCUGCCAGAAUCCAUGUUUCUCUAAAACCUGGUGUAGGGUGGCCUUCAUCUCUGUGGCCCCAGGAAACCCUUCCCUCACUAGCUUGGUCUUUGCUUCUGUCUCUUUGCUUGGCUUAGUUUGCAUCACCGCUGGCCACUUUUCUGGUUUAGACGGCCAGUUUGGUGCCCUCAGUCAGAUUUCAAGACGCUCUUUAGACAGAGUGCCUGUGCUCUGUUCUAGUAGACCUCCCCUUAACAUAGGCCGUGGCAUUAAUUUGAGCAACUCUUUUGGACACAAAUUGUUUGUAGCGCCUUUUCUCAGCAAUCCAAUACAAGACUACUGUACUAUGUGUCCAUCAAAACACAGAACACAGACCUCACUACAUAUCCUUCCAAAGUGCCUCUUACAUGGUCUACAAGGUUGGCUGCCAUGUGAGCAGAAAUGACCUCCAGCCUUGGCAUGGCAGGGUGCAAAGAAAGUCAUUUUUACAGCUUGCCAUUUGGGCAAGCUGAAGCUAACAUUUACUAGCCCAAAUGUCAUUUCAAAUAGCCCCCAAAAUUUUUUGAAGAGCAGAAAUGAUUUAACAGUUCUUCUGUAAGUUGAAUUCCUCAAACUACUUCACUUGCCGUCAGGCAAGUUAAGAAGAGAAUUCACUAGCCUGAUAGCAAAAUCCAUUAGCCCCGGGCUAUUGGACACUACUUUUUUUGUACGCUGCAUGGUAAGUCCUUUCUUUGCUAAACUUGCCUUUGCUGCUAACAGACUCUGGUGUAUAUCAGAUUCCUGACACAUGACUGCGUACACUGCUGCUGCUGUCCCUUUUACAGAAUGCAUGCAGGUCUAAAGCUUGGACCAGGUCUUGAGCUAUAGUUAGACUGUGUGGGAAUUUAAGCCACCAGGCCACUUUCCCUUAAAUUCCUCCUAUUGUGCUUUCAGUUCCUUUGGUAAAACAGCAUCCUAAGGAGGUGUCGGUCACAUGCUUCUUUAAAAACAUUUUCCCUACCAGGGUUACACAACUUGCUGCCUCAAGAGGGUCAUAUGUUGAAGCUAAACUCCUUAGCACUUUUCUCUGUGUGGUUUUGUUUGAAUCACCGGAAAAGGUCACAGCCAGAGUAUCCUUCACCGAAUCCCAAGGGAGCCCAAGUAGUUUGGCUUUAUUGGUUCUCACCCCCAACUGAUCCUUGGCGUAUGUCUGGCUAUCUUCUGUCAACUGAUUAUCUGUUCCAUUUCAGGUAUGUUAGGGUUCUACUUAUGCAACUCAAAAGCUGCUCCUUUUAAAACCUGUAUUGCAGUUCCUUUCAACACAUGCAUUUGAUCAACCGUAUCUUCUCUAGUGAUGAUGUCAUCAGCAUAAAGACUUCUCGUGAUUUGCUCCACAUGCUUUCGGUAUUUAGUUCUUAAAGUUUCUAAAAUGUUCUUUCAAGGUCCCUGCAAGAAAAAAAAAGUGACUUCACAAGUCCAAAUAAAGCCCACUUGAACCUCUUGCACCUCAUAGUCUCAACUUGUGAAGAGUCUAUCCCUUAUCUAAUGAAAUCGAAAUUUGCCACGAUCUGCUUUGCUAAUCUGCACCUGCAAGAAGGCCAGCUUAAUAAUGUCUCCACAAAAGGGAACUGGAUUGAGAUGGUUCUGAACGAUCACACUCCCAUGUAAAUUUUGUAGAGGUGGCCCAGUCUCUAAGAAAUUGUUCAAUGAAGGGCCGCCUUGGUUUGCCUUAGCUAAUGCAUCAAAGACAGUACACAUUCUGUUACUCUGUAGCUGCUUCUCUUAUGUCUCCUUUGUGCGACAGAUAACAUUCUCUUUCCCCUUGAGUCUCAUUGCUUACUUUCUCCACAAUAGCUCCUUUCAGUCUGUUUUGGAUACUCAUCUAGGUGACUGGGUACCUUCUGGAAUCUCUUCACUACAUUAGAUAGUUGUGAAAGACUGCCUUUGUGAUUGUUAGGGAGGGGUGGAUGUCCAGCUUUCCACAGCAGACCAGUCUUGUACCACCCCUCAGGGUGGCACAAGUUGCUCUUGGAGUUCGCUCUACACCACUUGUUGAUCAUUGGCUGGUCUGUCCUCUAGUCCCAGAACAUCAAGGCUCCACAAUUACUCGUAGUGUGAUAAAGAACUGCCAGUUAGUUUGUCUCAAGUUUGUCUCAGCUCCAGUGGACAUUGUGGUCCAGCCAACUGAUGUGAAUUCUUCUAUUGGUUCUCCUGGAUCCCCACCCUUAGUGCUAAAUUUGGCUUAAUCUUGGCAUACUCGCUAGCCCUGAGGAUCACGUGUAUCAUCAGCUCAGGCUCGACAUUGGUUUCAUCAAUCUCCACGCCCUUGAGGUGUUGGUACGUGGUGAUUAUAUCCACACUGGGCUCAGGAUAGUUAGCAAAGUUCCCUUUUCCACUUUACUCAGGAUAGUGGGCAAAAUAAAAACUCAUUUAAUGUUAGAGACUUGGACCUUGUACAUUUCUAUCUUUUGACUUGUGCACGUCAUCAUCAUUUCGACUCUCUCAUACUCUCUUCGAUCUGGGUUUUUGUUCAGUUUGCUAAUGAGUGCCGCUGAUGCAUAGGAGCUUCCAGCUCUCAUGUCCAAUAAAGCUCUACACCUAAUUCCAACCACUUGUCCCUCAACUUCUGUGUACACCACUUGGUAGCAUCAGCUGGUUUGAUAGCUUAUCACAAAUCCAACUAUGGUGCUUCCCAUUACACCUCUGGCAAGUAGUAAAUACAACUUAUCGUCUGACAAGUACCUUCUUCAUUUGGGUACCCUUUAAUCUUGUCACAUUGAACUGAUUUAUGUUCCUCAGACUUACAGUAAACACAGCCCUUUUGCUUUCCACUCUCUUCUUUAGCUUGAAGCAAUAGGUCUUUUCCCUUGUCACGUCUCCAAGGGUAGCCAUCCAGGGGGACUGAGUUGCUCUCACGGUCACACUUAGUUUCUUAAGGCUCCUACCAGUUGCGGGAACCUCCACUCCUGCCAGUUAUCAUCUAGCCUCACUAGAUCGGCUCUUUUGCCUGGUAGUUUAUCUAGGGUAAGUCUAACAUUCCCUCUAAUAUCUUUUUUCCUACCCAUGGACUCCAAGGUUUGGAUAUUGGUAACCAGUUUCUCAUAGAACUCAUUGAUUCUUCUUGGGUUAGUCUCUGUGAUAACUGAUAAUACCAUUAUGCACUGAAUGUGAGCAUUACUGUAGCUACUUCCCUUGACUUUGGUCAUGAGAAUGUUCUUAGCCCGUAUGCAUCUCUCUCUGUUAAAGGGCAACCAGUUGAUGACAGCUUUAUUUCUUGGUACUAGUAGCUCUUUCAAGUAUAAGAUUUUGGCAACUUGAGCAAUGUCUGAUUUGUCUAUUGUCCCUUCAAACUGCCAAUCUAGAUGCGUCCCAUGGAAUUUCGUUGUUACAAGUUUAGGUAGUUUAACGUUUAGUUUAGCUGCAACACUCCUUCUCGACGACUUCUGCUUAGAAGUUCUUCUUCCUUUCAAGUCUCGCUUUCUCCUCUUUUUCUUGAGUUUCUCUUUCUUCUUGUUCCCUUAACUUUUGUUCCAGCUCUUCUAAUUCUCUGACCACGUAUUUGUACUUGCCCAACUCUGUUUGAAUACACCACCUGUUGAUCGUCGGCUGGUCUGUCCUCUAGUCUCAGUACAUAAAGGCUGCACAAUUACUCCUAGUUAGGUACACACUGCUCAGGUUUGUCUCAUUUCCAGGGGACAUUAUGGUCCAGCCAACUGCUCUGAAUUCUUCUAUUGGUUCUCCUGGAUCCCUACCCUUGGUGCUAAAUUUGUCUUAAACUUGGCAUACUUGUCAGCCCCAAGGAUCACGUGUAUAGGCAGCUCGGGCUUGAUGUCAGUGUCAUUAAUUUCCAUGCUCUUGAGGUAUUGUUACUUGGUGAUUAUAUUCACACUGGGUUCUUGAUAGUUAGCAAAAUUCCCUUUUCCACUUUGCUCGGGAUAGUGGGCAAGCUAAAAGCCCCUUUAAUGUUAGAGCUUGGACCUUGUACAUUUCUAUCUUUUGACUUGUCCACGUCAUCAUUUUGAUUCUCUUAUACUCUCUUUGAUCUGGUUUUCUCUUCAGUUUGCCAAUGCGUGUCGCUGAUGCAUAGCAGCUUCAAGCUCUCAUGAACAAUAAAGCUCUAUACCUAAUUCCUUUCACUUCUCUCUCAACUACUGGGUACACCACUUGACCUCCACCAGUUGCUAGAAUGGUCUGGUUUCUAAAAGAUUAUAACAAAUUGAACUAUGGUGCUUCCCAUUACACCUCUGACAAGUAGUAGUGCAUCUGCAUUCCGCUGCUCUGCGCCAAGUGCCAGUACAGUUAAACACAACUUUUUGUCUGAAAAUUACUUCCUCUUUUCGGCUACCCGUUUAAUCUUGUCACAGUCAACCGAUUAUGUUCCUCUGACACAACCCCUAUGCUUUCCAUCCUCUUGUUUAGCUUGGAGCAAUGGGUCUUUUGCCUUGUCACGUCUCCCAGGGUUGCCAUCCAGGGGGACUGAGUUCCUUUCACCGUCACACACAUUUUCUUAAGGCUUCUACUAGUAGUGGGAACCUCUACUCCUGCCAGUUAUCAUCCAGCCUCACAAGAUCAGAUCUUAUGCCUGGUAGUUUAUCUAGGGUAAGUCUAACAUACCCUCUAAUAUCUUUCUUCUUACCCAUGGACUCUAAGGUUUGGAUAUUCGUAACCAGUUUCUCAUAGAACUCAUUAAUUCUUGUAGGGUUAGUCUCUGUGAUAACUGAUAAUCCCAUUAUGUACUGGAUGUAAGCAUUAGCUACUUCCCUUGGCUUUACAUAGUUGGUCAUGAGAAUGUUCUUAGCUUGUGUGUAUCCCUCACUGUUAAAGGGCAACCUAUUGAUGGCAGCUCUAUUUCUUGGUACAAGUAGUUCUUUUAAGCAGAAGACUUUGGCAACUUGACCAAUGUCUGAUUUGUCUAUUGUCGCUUCAAAUUGCUCUCAAAACCUUUGCCAAUCCAAGUGCGUCCCCUGGAAUUGCGUUAUCACAUGUUUGGGUAGUUUAACGUUUAAUUUAGAUGCAUUGCUCUCCUUCUCGAUGUUUUCUGCUUAGAAUUUCCUCUUGCUGUCAGGUCUGGCUUUCUCCUCUUUUUCUUAUGUUUCUCGUGCUUCUUGUUCCCUUAACUUUGCUCCAGCUCUUCUAAUUCUUCGACCUUUUUCUAGUACGUGCCCAACUCUACUUGAAUACCCGAGCUCCAAUCUGUUAUGACAUCUUCUUCAUCACCUCGUCCAAUUUGAAGUACUUGUUCAAUUGCUUUCAUUUCAUGACAUUCCUCAAGUUUGUUCUCCAUAAACUGGCAAUUUCUUUGAAUCGGUUUUAACUAAUUGCUUCCAGCAAUCUUGUUUGUGUUUUCGUUCGUCAGCUGCAAUACUCGAUCUGUCUUGGAUUAUUUUCGCCUGUUUUUUGACUGUUGCCGCUGAUGUUGUCAUGAUUUUGUCCUAGCAGGGUCGCCACUUUGUCAGAACUGUUUUCUCAGACGAUAAACUCACUCUUGCUUCAAUGAAGAAUAGACCUGUUUUAAUGCUUUUAACCAUCUCUCGGUAAAGAGUACAAACUCCUAUGCGCUUUUUGUGCUGAUAGAUCACUUCCUGAAACAACACCCUAAAAUAUUUAUAAACCUGAUUCCCAGUCCAUGAUAACCUUAGAGAGCGCCUGACUAUUUCACAAAGUGAAAAAACGUGAACAAAUAUUCUUUUAUCCUAUUAUCAGUCUAUGAAUUGUUACAGGUCAAAGGUCCUAUUAUUAGUUCUGGUAUUGAAAUCCUUCUACCCUGUCUUGAGUACGUACCUCUGUAUGCAGAAAACAGUUUUCUUUACCCCGAUAAAACUUUUGGAACCCAGGGUAGGAGCUUUUAGACUCAGGUGAAAGCAUGAAUUUUUUGGUGCGACAAACUAAAUUGCGGCUGGGAUUGACCUUAACUGAGUUUGUUUGACUUGUUGGAACCGUGAAACUUCACAUAACCUUGGAUCCACAGAGAUAUUUUUCUCCUCCUAAAGAGGAUUAAUAAAAGAUGUUUUACCACCCCUUUUAACCACUAAGCUGCGCCAACAAACGUUCUCUUGUUAAAAAUCUUCCUCGGGUGGCCUUUUCUCUUGAUGAACCGUUUGAGAUGCUUGAUGAACGCCUCAGCUUUUUGGUUUGGCUGCAACUCAAAGUCGACAGCUCUGGUUAAGCUGCAAGCAAAUAACAAAAUAUAAGUUUUUCCUUGUUUCUUUUUGUCUUGAGUUUGUACCCUAUAGGUCCUGCAAAGUCCGGGCCAACUACUUGGAAAGAGGCUGAUCCUUCUGUCCUGUCUGGUGGCAAUUUUCCAGCUGGUGGGUUUGAGAAAGCAGUAACUUGGAAUUUCCUCCACCCAUAGCAUCCUUUGACAACUGUCUUUGUGAGCUGUCUACUGUUUUGAACUCUUCGUACACAGAAUUUCACUUGCUUGUCAGUCUCACUUGUGCUCAGUGGACAGAAAACCUGUACUUCAUGCCUUUUUUUACAGGUUUGGAUAAAUCUUGCCACCCAUGACGUGGUACGUAUUGUCUGCCAGAAUCCAUGUUUCUCUAAAAUCUGGUGCAGGGUGUCCUCCAUUUCUGUGGCCCCAGCAAACAGUUUCUUUACUAUUUUUGCCUCUGCGUCUGUCUCUGCUUGGCGUAGUUUGCAUUACUACUGGCGACAUUUCUGGUUUACACAGCCAGUUUGGUCCCUAUGACCAAACUGGCUCUUAAGACGAUCUCUAGACAGGGUGCCUCUGCUCUGUUCCUGAAUACCUCCACUUCACAUAGGCUGUCGCAUUAAUGAGUAACCUCUAUUGGACAGAAAUUGUUUAAAGCUCCCUGAUCAGCGAUCCAAUGCAAAACUACUGUACUGUCUUUCCAUCCAUACACAAACCACACUACAUAUUCUUCCAAAGCCCUUCUUACAUUGUCUGCAAUGUUGGCUGCCAUGUGAGCUGAAAUGAGCUCCAACCUUGGUACGGUAAGUCCUUUCUUUGCUAACCAUGCCUUUGCUGCUAACAGACUACGGUGCAUACCAGAUUCUUGAUACAUGAGUGUGUGUGCUAAUUUCAGCUCACCUGGCCACUUUCCUUUAAAUUUGUCUUAAUUGUGGUUUUAGUUCCUUGGGUAAAACAGUAUCCCAAGAAGGCUUCGCUCUCAUGCUCCUCUUAAAACCAGUUUCUCUACCAAGGUUAAAGGACUUGCUACCGCAAGAGGUUCAUAUAUUGCAGUUAAACUCCUUAACACGUUUCUCUGUGUGGCUUUUUGUAAAUCACUGGAAAGGAUCACAGGCAGAGUGUCCUUCUCCUAAGGGAGCCGAAGUAGUUUUGCUUUGGUGGUUUUAACCCUCCAACUGUUCCUUGGCACAUGUCUGGCUAUCGUCUGUCAAUUGUUUAUCUGCUUCCAGUUCUGGUACAUUAGAGUUCCACCUAUGCAACUCGAAAGCUGCCCUUUUAAAAACCACUAUUGCAGUUGCUUUCAACCCAUGCACUUGAUCGACCAUAUCUUCCCCAGUGAUUUUCUCCACAUGCUUUAGCUAUUCAGUUCUUAAAGUUUCUAAAUGUUGUUUUAAGGUCCGUGCGAGAAGAAACAGCGACUGCACAAGUCCAAAUAAAGCCCGCUGAACCUCAAAAUCUCAACUUGUGAUGAGUCUUUAUCUUACAUCUAAUGAAAUCGAAAUGUGUCACAAUCUGCUUGUCUAAUCCGCUUCUGCAAGAAUUCCUGAGUAAUGAUGUCUCCACUCAAGGCAACUGGUUUGAGACGGUUUCAAACUAGCGCACUUCAGAGCAAAUUUUGUAGAGAUGGCCCAGGGUCUAAGCAAUUGUUCACUGCUUUUUGCGGCUGAUAACUUUCAUUUUCCCCUUUAGUCUCAUCGCUCACUCUCUCCACAAUACCUUCUUUAAGUUGGUUGGUUAUUUGUCUUACUCAUCUAGGUGACUGGGUACUUUUUGCAAUUUCUUCGUGCGGUUAGUUAGUGGUGCGAUUGUUAGGGAGUGUUGAAUGUCCAGCUUUCCACAGAAGACCAGUCUCGUACCACCCCUUAGGGUCACGCACCAGUUACUCUUGGAAUUUGCUAUACACCAUCCGUUGAUGUCCUCUAGUCCCAGUACAUCAAUUUUGCAAAAUUAAACGUAGUCUGAUGAUAUUGUCCUAGUUAGGUACCCACGGCUCAGGUUUGUCUCAGCUCCAGGGGGCAUCAUGGUCGAGCCAAUUCAUGUGAAUUCUGCUAUUGGUUCUCCUGGCUCCCCACUCGUGGUGUUAAAUUUGUCUUAAUCUUGGCAUACUCGCUAGCCCAAAGGAUCAAGCGUAUAGGCAGCUCGGGCUUGACGUUGGUGUCAUGAAUUUCCACGCUCUUGAGGUGUUGGUACUUAGUGAUUAUAUCCACACCGGGUUCGGGAUAGUUAGCAAAGUUUCCUUUUCGACUUUGCUCAGGAUAGUGGGCAAACCUAAAACCCCUCUGAUGUUAAAGACUUGGACCUUGUACAUUUCUUCUGACUUGUCCACGUCAUCAUUAUUUCCAUUAUCUUAUACUUUCUUUGAUCUGGGUUUCUGUUCAGUUUGCUAAUGAGUGCCACAUAUGCAUAGGAGCUUCCAGCUUUUGUGUCCAUUUAAGUGCUACACCUAAUUCCAUGUACUCGUACCACUACUACUGGGUCCACCACUUGAUCUCUACCUGUUGGUUUCAAAAAAUAUCACAAAUCGAACACCUCUGGCAAGUAGUAGUACAUCUGCAUUCUGCCGCUCUACGCCUAAUGCUAGUACUGUUAAAACAAUACUUAUUGCCUGAUAUCUCCAGCUGUAGGCUGCCCCUUUAAUCUUGUCACUGUCUACUGAUAUGUGUUCCUCACACUUGAAGUUAACGCAACCUCUGGGUCUCUUUCCUUGUUACGUGUCCUAGGGUUGCUAUCCAGGGGGAUUGAGUUCCUCUCGCUCCCAUUUUCUUAAGGGUUCUACUAAUUACGGGAACCUCUACUCCUUCCAGUUGUCAUCCAGCCUCACUAGAUCAGGUGCAUCAGCUGGUUUGAAAGCGUAUCACAAAAUAUCAAACUAUGGUGCUUCCCAUUAUACCGCUAGCAAGUAGUAGUGCAGGUGCUUUCCACCGCUCUAUGCCAGGUGCCAGCACAGUUAAACACAUCUUAUUGUCUGACAAGUACCUCCUCCUGUCGCCUACCAAUUUAAUCUUGUCACAGUCACCAGAUUAUCUUUUUGAGACUUACAGUUAACACAACCCCUAUGCUUUCCACCCCCUUGUUUAGCGUGAAGCAAUGGGUCUUUUCCCUUGUCACGUCUCCCAGGGUUGCCAUCCAAGGGGACUGGGUUCCUCUCACAGUCACACCCAUUUUUAAGGCUUCUACUAAUUGUGGGAACCUCCGCUCCUGCCAGUUAUCAUCCAGCCUCACUAGAUCAGAUUUUAUGCCUGGUAGUUUAUCUAGGGUAGGUCUAACAUACCCUCUAAUACCUUUCUUCUUACCCAUGGACUCCAAGGUUUGGAUAUUGGUAACCAGUUUCCCAUAGAACUCAUUAAUUCUUGUUGGGUUAGUCUCUGUGAUAACUGAUAAUCCCAUUAUGCAUUGGAUGUGAGCAUUAGCUACAGCUCUUGGCUUUGCAUAUUUGGUCAUGAGAAUGUUGUUGGCUCGUGUGUAUCCUUCACUGUUAAAGGGCAACCCAUCGAUGACAGCUCUAUUUCUUGGUACAAGUAGUUCUUUUAAGUAUAAGAUUUUGUCAACUUGAGCAGUCUGAUUUGUCUAUUGUCGCUUCAAACUGCUCUUAAAACCUUUGCCAAUGUAGAUGCUUCCCCUGGAAUUUCGUUAUCACAAGUUUGUGUAACUUAACAUUAAGUUUACCUAGAUCACUCUCCUUCUCAUCGGUUUACGCUUUGAAUUUCAUCUUGCUCUCAAAUCUCGCUUUUUUCUUGAGUUUCUCUUGCUUCUUGUUCCCUUAAUUUUUUUCUCUGUCUUCAAAUUCUUGGACCACUUUCUUGCACUUGCUCAACUCUUCUUGAAUACCCAAACUCUAAUCUUUAAUGAGAUCUUCUUUUUCAUCUCGCCAAUUUUAAGUUCUUGUACGAUCGCUUUUAUUUCAUUGCAUUCCUCAAGUUUGCUCUUCAAAAACCUUGCGAAGUCUUCGAAUUGGUUUCAGCAAAUUGCUUCCAGCAAUCUUGUUUGUGUUUUUGUCCGUCAGCUGCAGUACGUUCAUUUUGUUUUGGAUUCUUUUCUCUUGAUUUUUAAUGGUUGCCACUGUUGUUGUCAUGAUUUUGUUCUGGCAGGGUCGCCACUUUGUCGGAACUGUUUCUUUAGAUGAUAAACUCACGCUCUCUACGAUCCAGAACAGAACUGUUUUAAUACUUCUUGAAACAACAUCCUAUAAUAUCCAUAAACCUGGGUCCCAGACCUCGAUGAGCCUGCAGAGCGCCUGACUAGUUCACAAAAUGAAAAAAACAUGAAGAAACAUUCUUAGCAUUCUAAUAUCAGUCUACAAGUCCUCACAAGUCAAAGGUCCUAUUAUAAGUUCUGGUAUUAAAUCGUUCUACCCCCUCAUGAGUACGUACCUCUAUGCGGAAGACAAUUUUUUUACUCCAAUAAAACUUCCAGCACCCUGGGUAGGAGCCGUUAGACUCAGGCCAAAGCGUGAAUUUUUUUGUGAGGCGAACCAAAUUGUGCUUGGAAUUGAUCUUAACUGAGUUUGACUUCUUGGAAACGUGAAACUUGACGUAACUUGGAUCCACCGAGACAUUUUACUGUGGAUAAAGCAGAUGAAGAGAACACGUUUUACCACCCCAUUCAACCACUUUGCUGCCGCAACAAAAGUCUGCCCGUUAUACCAAUCAAUCUUCCUGGGGAGGCCUUUUCUCGUGAUGAACCGUUUAAGAUGCUUGAUAAGCUCCUCAGCUGUUUGGUUUGGCUGCAACUCAAAGUGGACAGCUCUGGUAAAGCUGCAAGCAAAUAACAAAAUAUAUGCAUAGCAUCCUCUGAUAACUCUCUUUGUGAGCUGUCUUAGCCGAGGGACCCAAUAUUACUGACGAACAAAACUCAUCGUAAGUCCCACUCCUACUCUGGAUUCUUCCCCGGCACUCGUGCUGACCCUCUUCAUUCUUCUGCGAAUUAAGUUUGACCUGAUUUUCAUGGAAAGUGUCUGUAUUUAACCUGCUGUUUUGAGCUCUUCCUAACCAGAAUUUCACUUGCUUGUCAGUCUCACAUGUGGUCAAUGGCCAGACAACCUGUAUUUCUUUUCUACAGUUGUGGAUAAAUCUUGCUUCCCAUGACGUGAUACGUAUUGUCUGCCAGAAUCCAUGUUUCUCUAGAAUCUGGUGUUGGGUGUCCUUCAUCUCUGUGGCUCCAGCAAACACUACCUUUACUAGCUUGGCCUCUGCUUCUCUCUCUUUACUUGGCUUAGUUUACACCACCGCUGGCCACUUUUCUGGUUUAGACAGCCAGUUUGAUGCCUAAUGCCAGAUUUCAAGAUGGUCUUUAGACAGGGUGCCUCUGCUCUGUUCCCGUAUACCUCCCCUUAACAUAGGCCGUGGCAUUAAUUUGAGCGACUCUAUUGGACACAGAUUGUUUCUAGCUCCCUUCCUCAGCGAUCCAAUACAAGACUACUGUACGUUCUGUCCAUCCAUACACAGAACACAGACCUCACUACACAUCCUUCAAAAGCGCUUGUUAUAUUGUCUACAAUGUUGGCUCCCAUGUAAGCAGAAAUGAGCUCCAACCUUGGCAUGGCAAGUCCUUUCUUUGCUAAGCGUGCGUUUGCUGCUAACAGACUCUGGUGUAUACCAGAUUCCUGAUACAUGACUGCGUACACUGCUACUGCUGUCCCUUUCCCACUAGAAUCACAGAAUGCCUGCAGGUCUAAAGCUUGGACCAGUUUUAGAGCCAUAGUUACACUGCGUAGGAACUUAAGCUCACCAGGCUACUUUCCCUUAAAUUUCUCCCGUUGUGCUUUCAGUUCCUUGGGUAAAACAGCAUCUCAAGGAAGGUGUCGGUUACAUGAUUCUCUGUAAAACAUUUUCCCUAAUAAUGUUAAUGGACUUCCUACCCCAAGGCGGUUAUAUAUUGAAGCUAAACUCCUUUGCUCUUCUCUCUCUGUGAUUUUUUGUGAAUCACCGGAAAAGGUCACAGCCAGUGUCCUCCACCUUAUCCAAAGGAAGCCCGUGUAGUUUUUAUGCAGUGGUUUUCACCCCCAACUGUUCCUUGGCGUAUGUUUGGCUAUCUUCUGUCAACUGAUUAUCUGCUUCCAGUGUGGUUCAUUAGAGUUAUAUAUAAUUGGAAACCUGCCCCUUUAAAAACCUCUGUUGCAGUUCCUUUUAAGUCCUACCCUUGAUCUAGCAUAUCUUCCCCAGUGAUGAUAUCAUCAGCGUAAAGACUUCUCAUGAUCUCCUCCACUUGCUUUGAAUAGUCAUUUCUUAAAGCUUCUAAUAGUUGUUUCAAGGUCCCUGUAAGAAGAAACUGCGACUGCACAAGUCCAAAUAGAGCCUGCAUGAACCUCAAAGUGUCAACUUGUGACGAGUCUUUACCGCUGAUCCAAUGAAAUCUUAACGUCUCACGAUCUGCUUCUCUAAUCCGUACCUGAGAGAAGGCCUGCUUAAUAAUGUCUCCACACAAGGCAACUGGUUCGAGAAGGUUCCGAACCAGCACACUCCAAAGGAAAUUAAAUUUUAUAGAGGUGGCCCAGUCUCUAAGCAAUCAUUCAAGUAAGGGCCACCUUGGUUUGCCUUUUUUACUGCAUCAAAGACAAUACGCAUUGUUGUACUCUGUGACGCUUCUCUCAUGACUGCUUUGUGUAGGAGAUGACAUUCUCUCUCCUCUUGAGUCUCAUCGCUCACUCUCCACAAUACCUUCUUUCAGUUGGUUCUGCUCAGAGUAGUGGGCGAGCCAAAAACUCCUUUUAUGUUAGAGAAUUGGAUCUUGUACAUUUCUAUCUUCUGUCUUAUCCACGUCAUUAUUUUUUCAAUUCUCUCGUACACUCUUCGAUGUGCUGUUCAGUUUGCCAAUAAGUGCCGCUGAUGUAUAAGAGCUCCCAGCUCCCAUGUCCAAUAAAGCAUUACACCUAAUUCCAUCCACUUCUACCACAACUACAAGGUACACCACUUGACCUCCACCUUUUGCUAGCAUCAGCUGGUUUGAAAGCUUAUCACAAAUCGAACUGUGGUGCUUCCUAUUACACAUCUGGCAAGAAGUAGUGCAUCUGCAUUCUGUCGCUCUAUGCCUGGUGCCAGUACAGUUUCAACACAACUUAUUGUCUGACAAAUACUUCCUUCUGUCGGCUACCCUUUUAGUCUUGUCAUAGUCAACUGAUUUAUGUUCCUCAGACUUACAACAACCCCUAUGAUUUCCACCCGCUUGUUUAGCUUGAAGCAAUGGGUCUUUUCCCUUGUCAUGUCUCCCAGGGUGGUUGCCAUCCAAGGGUACUGAUUUCCUCUCACACCCAUUUUCUUAAGGCUUCUACUAGUUGAGGGAACUUCCACUCCUUCCAGUUAUUAUCCAUCCUCACUAGAUCAGCUCUUAAGCAUGGUAGUUUAUGUAGGGUAAAUCCAACAUACCCUCUAAUAUCUUUGUCCUUACCCAUGGACUCUAAGGUUUGGAUAUUGCUAACCAGUUUCUUAUAGAACUCAUUUAUUUUUGUUGGGUUAGUGCCUGAUAACUGGCAAUCAUAUUAUGCACCGGAUGUGAGCAUGAGCUACUUUCCUUGGCUUUGCAUAUUUGGUCAUGAGAAAGUUCUUAGCUCGUGUGUAUCCCUCACUGUUAAAGGGCAACCCAUCGAUAACAGCUCUAACUCUUGGUAAAAGUAGUUCCUUCAAGUAUGAGACUUUGGCAACUUGACCAAUGUCUGAUUUGUCUAUUGUCACUUCAAACUGUCCCCCAAACCUUUGCGAAUCUACUUGUAGAUGCGCCCCAUGGAAUUUCGUUUUAACAAGUUUGGGUAGUUUAACGUUUAGUUUAGCUGCAUUACUCGCCUUUUCGAUGGUUUUCGUUUCGAAUCUCUUCUUGAUGUGAAGUUUUACCUUCUUCUCUUUUUCCUGUGUUUCUCGUGCUGCUUGUUUCCUUAACUUUUGUUUCAGCUGUUGGAAUUCUUCGACCACUUUCUCGUACUUGGCCAACUCUGCUUGAAUACCCAAACUCUAAUCUUUUAUGACAUCUUCGCCACCUCGUCCAAUUUUAAGUUCUUUUACAAUUGCUUUUAUUUCAUGGCAUUCCUCCUCUUUGCUCUUCAUAAACUUGCAAUGUCUAUGAAUCAGUUUCAACAAAUGGCUUCCAGGAAUCUUGUUUGUAAUUGUUUUCUCUUUAUUUUUCACUGCUUCCUUCUCAUGGACACUCUUGACACUUUUGAGGUUCCAUGUACAGCUGAACAAUCCUUAUUGGGAACAAUUCUUUUGGUUCCAUUGAAUUGUAAGGCAGCCUUAGAUCAAAACCGACUGCAAAACUCAUGGUUCCUUGCUAAAAGAUGCUUUCACAAUAACCAGUAUGUGCCCUUCAACCUUUUUUGGUUCUCCACUGUGCAACAUUAUUUUUUUUUUCCGUCUGAUUCUGAUGAUUCCGUCCUGGCAGGGUCACCACUUUGUCAGAUCUGUUUCUCUAGACGAUAAACUCACGCUCGGGACGAUCAAGAAGAGAGCUGUUUUAAUGCUUCUAACCGUCUCUCAGGGUCCGAUUAUUAUUUUCUGGUAUUAUAAUCCUUCUACCCGACCUUGAGUGCAUACCUGUGUAUGUGAAAAUUUUUUUACCCCAAUAAAACGUUUGGCACUCGAGGUAGGAGCUGUUAAACUCGGGUCAAAGAGAGAGAGAGGAACCAAAUUGCACCUAGAAUUGACCUUAACUGAGUUUGUUUGACUUGUUGGAGAUGUUAAAGUUGACAUAACUUUGGACCCACAGAGACAUUCUACUAUGGCUAAAGCUGAUUAAUAGAACGUGUUUUCCUUUGUGCGGCAGAUAAUAUUCUUUUCCCCUUAAGUCUCAUCGCUCACCCUCUCCACUAAAACCUCCUUUGGGUUGGCCUUGGAUUAAUUUGUCAAACUCAUCUAGGUGACUGGGUACCUUCUGCAGUUUCCUCACGAGGUAAGAUAGCCGUGCAAGACUGCUUUUGUGAUUGUUAGGAAGAGAUGGAUGUCCAAUUUUCCACAGCAGACCAGACUUUUACCACCCCUCUGUGUUGCACACCAGUUGCUCUUGAAGUUCGCUCUACGCAACCUGGCUGGUAUUUCCUCUAGUCCCAGUUUUUCAAGGCUGCACAAUUACUUGUAGUCUGAUGAAGAACUGCUUGUUAAGUACACACUGCUCAGGUUUGUCGCAGGUUUAGGGGACAUUAUGGUCCAGCCAAUUGAAGAGAAUUUUGCUAUUGGUUCUCUUGGCUCCUCACCCUUGGUGCUAAAUUUGUCUUAAUCUUGGCAUACCCGCUAGCCCUGAGCAUUACAUGUAUAGGCAGCUCGGGUUGAUGUCGACGUCAUCAAUCUCCACGCCCUUGAGGCGUUGGUACUUGGAGAUUAUAUCCACUCUGGGUUUGGGAUAGUUAGCAAAGUUGCCUUGUCCACUUUGUUCAGGGUAGUAGGCAAGCUGAAAUAGCUUUUCCGUUGUCAUGUCUCCCAGGGUUGCCAUCCAGGGGGACUGAGUUCCUCUCACAGUCACACCCAAUUUGUUAAGGCUUCUACGAAUUGCGGGAACAUCCACUCCUGCCAGUUAUCAUCUAGCCUCACUAGAUCAGGUCUUAUGCCUAGUAGUUUAUCUAGGGCAAGUCAAACAUACCUUCUGUUAUCUUUCUCCUUACCCAUAGACUCUAAGGUUUGGAUAUUGGUAACCAGUUUCUCAUAGAACUCGUUAAUUCUUGUUGGUUUAGUCCCUGUGAUAACUGGCAAUCCCAUUAUGCACUGGAUGUGAGCAUUAGCUAUUUCCCUUGGCUUUGCAUAUUUGGUCAUGAGAAUGUUCUUAGCUCGUGUAUCCCUCAGUGUUAAAGGGCAACCCAUCGAUGACAGCUCUAACUCUUAAUACAAGUAGUUUUUUCAAGUAUGAGAUUUUUGCAACUUGACCAAUGUCUUACUUGUCGAUUUCUGCUUUAAUCUGUGCGCAAAACCUUUGCCAAUUUAGGUGCGCCACCUGGAGUUUCGUUAUCACAAGUUUGGGUAUUUCUUGAUCUCAAGUCUCGCUUUCUCCUGUUUUUCCGGAGUUUCUCCUGCUUUUUGUUCCUUAACUUCUGUUCCAGCUCUUCUAAUUCUUCGACCACUUUCUCGUACUUGCCCAACUCUGCGUGAAUUCCCUAACUCCAAUUUUUAAUGACAUCUUUGUCACCUCGUCCAGUUGUAAGUACUUGUACAAUCGCUUUUAUUUCAUGGCAUUCCUUCAACUUUGCUGUCCAUAAACUUGCGAUGUCUUUGAAUCGGUUGCAAAAAAUUGCUUCCAGCAAUCUUGUUUGUGUUUUCCUUCGUUGGCUGCAAUACUUGCAAUUUGUUUUGGAUUGUUUUCUCCUGAUUUUCCACGGUUGCCUCUGUUGUUGUCAUGAUUUUGUCUUGGCAGGGUCGCCACUUUUUCCGAACUGUUUCUUCAGAUGAUAAACUCAUGCUCGCGGCAAUCAAGAAGAAAAUUGUUUUAAUGCUUCUAACCUUCUCUCGGUGAAGAUUACAAACUCUCACCAUGAGCUUUUUGUGCUGAUUCAUCUCUUCUUGAAAUGACAUCCUAUAAUAUCCAUAAACUUGGCUCCCAGGCCCCGAUGACCUUAGAGAGCAUCUGACUUGUUUGCUAAGUGAAAAAACACGAAGAAACAUUCUUAACAUCCUAAUAUCAGUUUACGAAUUCUCACAGGUCAAAGGUGCUAUUAUAAGUACUGGUAGUGAAAUCCUUCUACCGCGUCUCGAGUACGUACCUCUGUAUGCAGAAAACAAUUUGUGUACCCCCAUAAAACUUCUGGCACCAAGGGUAGGGGCUGUUAGACUCAGGUCAAAGAAUGAUUUUUUUGUGAGACAAACUAAAUUUUGCUUAGAAUUGAUCUUAACUGAGUUUGUGUGACUUGUUGGAGACGUCAAACUUGACAUUACUUUGGAUCCACAGACACAUUCUACUCUGGCUAAAGCGGAUGAAUAGAGCAUGUUUUACCAUCCCAUUCGACCACUUCACUGCGGGAACAAAACAUUGCUCGUUAUAUUUAAAUAAAUAUUCUUGGGGUGGCCUUUUUCUUGUGAUGAACCGUUUGAGAUGGUUGAGGAACUCCUUAGCUGUUUGGUUUGGCAGCAACGCCAGGUGGACAGCUCUGGUUAAGCUGCAAGCUAAUAAGAAAAUAUAUGAUUUUCGCUUUUUCUCUGUCUCGGGUUUGUACCCUAUUGGUCCUGCAAAGUCUAAGCCAACUACUUGGAAAGGGGUGAUCCUUCGGUCUUGCCUGUUUGCAAUUUUCCAGCUGGUGGGUUUGAGAAAGCGAAAACUUGGAAUAUCUCGAAUCCAUAGCAUCCUCUGAUAACCGUCGUUGUAAGCUGUCUAAGCCGAGGCACCUAAUGUUGUUGACAAACAAAACUGACGGAAAGGCCCACUUCCCCUUGAAGACUUUGCACAUGUUUAUCAUGGACAAUUGUCUCUGUUAACAAGGCAUCUGGUGGUACGUAGAUAGGGUAGCUUCCCUGGAUUUUUCUUCUACACUCGUACAGACCCUCUUCAUUCUUCCCAAAGUUAGGUGUGAGGUGAUCUUCAUAGUACGUGUCUGUGUUUAACCUGCUGUUUUGAGCUCUUCCUACCCAGAAUUUCACUUACUUGUCAGUCUCUCAUGUGGUCAAUGGACCAGACAACUGGUGCUUCUUGCCUUUCUUACAGUUGUGGAUAAAUCUCGCUACCCAUGACGUGAUACGUAUUGUCUGCCAGAAUCCAUGUUUCUCUAAAACCUGGAAUAGGUCUUCCUCAAUCUCUGUGGCCCCGGCAAACACUUCCUUUACUAGCUUGUUCUCUGCUUCUGUCUAUUUACUUGGCUUAGUUAACACCACUGCUAGCCACUUUUCUAGAUUAGACAGCUAGUAUGGUCCCUUAAGCCAGAGUUUUAACGUUCUCUAGACAUGGUGCCUCUGCUCUGUUCCCGUGUACCUCCACUUCACAUAGGCCGUGGCUUUAAUUUGAGUAAAAACUCUAUUGGCCACAAAUUGUUUGUCGCUCCCUUGACCAGUGAUCCAAUGCAAAACUACUUUACUGUUUGUCCAUCCAUACACAGACCUCACUACAUGUCUUUCUUAAGCCCUUCUUCCAUUGUCUACAAUGUUGGCUACCGUGCCUUUGCUGCUCACAGUCCCUGGUGCAUACCAGAUUCUCGAUACAUAACUAACUGCAUACUCUGCUGCUGCUGCCCCUUUCCCACUAGAAUCACAGAAUGUAUGCAGCUCUAAAGCUUGGCCCUUUUCUUAAGCUAUAGUUAGACCGCAUGGUAAUUUAAGCGCACCAGGCCACUUUCCCUUAAACUCCUCCUAUUUUGCUUUCAGUUCCUUGGGUAAGACAGCAUCCUAAGGGAGGUGUCCGUCACAUGCUUAUUGGAAAACCCUUUUCCCUUCCAAGAUUACAGGACGUGCAACCCCAAGAAGGUCAUUUAUUGAAGCUAAACUUCUUAGCACUUCUCCCUGUGUGGCUUUUUCUGAAUCACCAGAAAAGGUCACAGCCAGAGUUUCCUCCACCUUAUCAAAAGGGAGCCCGAGUAGAUUUUUUUGUACUGGUUUUCAUCCCUAACUGUUCCUUGGCAUUUGACUGGCUACCUUCUGUCAAAUGAUUAUCUGAUUCCAGUUGUGGUACAUUAGAAUUCCACUUAUGCAAUUCAAAACCUGCGGCUUUAAAAAGCUAUAUUGCAGUUUCUUUCAACUCAUGCACUUGAUCAACUUUUUCUUCCCAAGCGAUGAUGUCAUCAACAUAAAUACUUAUUCUUUCCUCCACAUGCUUUGGGUAUUCAGUUCUUAAAGCUUUUAAAGGUUGUUUCAAGGUCCCUGGAAGAAGAAACUGCGACUGCAGAAGUCCAAAUAAAGCCCGCGUGAAUCUUGAAGUCUUAACUUGUGAUGUGUCUAUAUCCAAUGAAGUCGAAACAUGUGACGAUCUGCUUCUCUAAUCCGCAGCUGGAAGAAGGCCUGCUUAGUAGUGUCUCCACACAAGGCAACUGGUGCGAGAGGUGACCCAGUCUCUAAGGAAUUGUUCAAUGAAAGGCCACCUUGCUUUGCCUUAACUAAUGUAUCAAAGACAAUAAACAUUUUGGUACUCGGUACUGCUUCUCUUAUGACUGCUUUGUGCGGCACGUAACAUUCUCUUUCCCCUUGAGUGUCAUUGCUCACUCUCUCCGCAUUACGUUGUUUCAGUUGGGUCUGUAUUAUUUUAUCAUAUGCAUCUAGGUCACUGGGUACCUUCUGUAAUUUCUUCAUGAGGUUAGCUAGUGAUGCGAUUGUUAGGGAGGGGUGAAUGUCCAGCUUUUCACAGUAGACCAGUCUCGUACCACCCCUCAGGGUCGUGAAACAGCUACUCUUGGAAUUCGCUAUACACCACCUGUUGAUCACCAGCUGGUCUCUCCCAGUACAUAAAGGCUGCACAACUACUCGUAGUCUGAUGAAGAACUCUUAGUUAGGUACACACUGCUCAGGUUUGUCUCAGCUGCAGGGGACAUUAUGGUCUAGCCAAUUGAUGUGAAUUCUUCUAUUGGUUCUCCUGGCUCCCCACCCUUGGUGCUAAAUUUGUCUUUAUCUUGGUGUACUCGCUUUCCCCGAGGUUUACGAGUAUAGGGAGCUUGGGCUCAGUAUUAGUGUCAUCAAUCUCCACACGUUUGCGGUGUUGGUUCUUGGCUCUAUGCCAAGUGCCAUAUUGUAAUAAUUUUAUCAAGACUAGUUUAUCCUAAGUUGAGGAGACGUGACUCAUUAUAAGCCUCGUGGUUUCUUUCGGGUCUCCUCGCCAUUUAAUUUUUCUUUAAUCUCAUCAUUCCAACCUUGCACUGUAAAACUUUGUAUAUAUGGCAAAUAUAGAAAGAAUGAAUGAAUGAAUGAAUGAAAGUGCCAAUAUAGUUUAACACAACUUAUUGUCUGACAAGUACCUCCACCUGUCGGCUGCCCCUUUAAUCUUGUCAGAUUUAUACCUCCUUAGACUUACACAGUCAACUGACUUAUGUUCCUUAGAUUUACAGUAAACACAACCCCUGGGUCUCUUUCCUUUUCACAUCCUCCAGGGUUGCCAUCCAGGGGGAGUGAGUUCCUCUCACUCCCAUUUUCUUAAGGCUUCUACUAAUUGUGGGAACCUCUACGCCUGCCAGUUAUCAUCCAGCCUCACUAGAUCAGAUCUUAUGCCUGGUAACAAUGUUGUUUGUGUUUUUGUUCGUUAUCUGCAGUACUUUCGAUUUAUUUUCGAUUGUUUUCUCCUGAUUUUCGACGGUUCCUGCUGUUGUUAUGAUUUCAUCCUGACAGGGUCGCCACUUUGUCGGAACUGUUUCUCCAGACGAUAAACUCACGCUGCCUACGAUCAAGAACAGAACUAUUUUAAUACUUCUAUCCCUCUCUCGGUAAAGAUUACAAACUCUCUCCAUGUGCUUUCUGUGCUGGUAGAUCACUUUCUGAAACAACAUCCUAUAAUAUCUAUCAACCUGGUUUCCAGCCCCUGAUGACCUUAGAGAGCGCCUGACUAGUUCAAAAAGUGAAAAAAUUCAAAGAAAUAUUCUUAACGUCCUAAUACCAGUCUACGAAUUCUCACAGGUCAAUGGUUGUAUUAUAAGUUCUGGUAUUGAUUUCUUUCUACCCGUUCGUGAGUACUUACCUCUGUAUGUGAAAAACAACUUUUUUACCCCAAUAAAACCUCUGACACCCAGGGUAGGAGCUGUUAGAUUCAGGUCAAAUCAUGAUUUUUUUGAGAGAUGAACUAAAUUGCGCUUGGUAUUGACCUUAACAGAGGUUGUUUGACUUUGACAUAACUUUGGAUCCACACAGACAUUCUACUGUGGCUAAAGAGGAUGAAUAAAAGAUGUUUUACCUCCCUAUUCAAACACUACGCUUCGGCAAGAAACGUUCGCCCAUUAUACAAAUAAAUCUUCCUGGGGUGGCCUUUUCUCGUGAUGAACCUUUAGAGAUCCAUGACGAACUCCUCAGCUGUGUUGUUUGGCAGCAACUCCAGGUGGACAGCUCUGUUUAAGCUGCAAGCAAAUAACAAAAUAUAUGUUUUUCCUUCUUUCUUUGUCGUGAUUUUGUACCCUAUAGGUCCUGCAAAGUCCAGGCCAACUACUUGCUAGACUGGAGGGUUAAGUCUGUAGGCAGGUUGGUCUUGAUGUUGGUAUCAUGAAUUUCCACGCCCUUGAGGAGUUUGUACUUGGUGAUUACAUGCACUCCGGGUUUGGGAUAGUUAGCAAAGUUGCCUUGUAUACUUUCCUCAGGGUAGUGGCCAAACUGAAAACUCCGGUACUGUUGGAGAGUUUGACCCUGUACAUUUCUAUCUUCUGAGUUGUCGACGUCAUCAUCAUUUCGAUUCUCUUAUACUCUCUUCGAUCUGGCUCUCUGUUCAGUUCGCUAAUGAGUGGUGCUGAUAAAUAGGAGCUUCCAUCUCUGCUGUCCAAUAAAGCUCCACACCUAAUUCCAAUAACUUGUACCUCAACUACUUGGGUACAUCACUUGACCUCCACCCGUUGCUAACAUCACCUGGUUUGAAAGCUUAUCAGAAAUCGAACUAUGGUGCUUCCCAUUACCCUUCUGGCAAGUAGUAGUGCAUCUGCAUUCUGUCGCUCUAUGCCUAGUGCCAGGACUGUUAAACACAACUUAUUGUUUGACAAGUACCUCCUCCUGUCGGCUACCCCUUCAAUGUUGUCACAGUCAACUGAUUUAUGUUCCUCAGACUUACAGUAAACAUAACCGCUAUGCUUCCACCCUCUUGUUUAGCUUGAAACAAUGGAUCUUGUUCUCUUGUCACGUCUCCUAUGGUUGCCAUCCAAGGGCACUGAGUUCCUCUCACAUCCAUUUUUUAAGGCUACUGCUAAUUUCGGGAACCUCCACUCCUGCCAGUUAUCAUCCAGCCUCACUAGAUCAGCUCUUAUUCCUUGUAGUUUAUCUAGGGUAAGUCUAACAUACCCUCUAAUAUCUUUGUCCUUACCCAUGGACUCUAAGGUUUGGACAUUGGUGAUCAGUUUCUCAUAGGACUCAUUAAUUCUUGUUGGGUUAGUCUCUGUGAUACCUGGUAAUCCCAUUAUGCACUGGAUGUAAACAUUAGCUACUUCCCUUGGCUUUGCAUAUUUGUUCAUGAGAAUGUUCUUAGCUGGUGUGUAUUCCUGACUGUUAAAGCGCAACCCAUCGAUGUGUACUCUAACUCUUGGUAGAAGUAGUUCUUUCAAGUAUGAGAAUUUGGCAACUUGACCGAUGUUUGAUUUGUCUCUUUCCGCUUUAAACUGUCCCUUAAGCCUUUGCCAAUCUAGAUGCGUCUCCUGGCAUUUCGUUAUCACUAGUUUGGGUAGUUCUUGAUCUCAAGUCUCGCUUUUUCCUCUUUCUCCUGAGUUUCUCUUACUUCUUAUUCCCUUUACUUUUGUUCCAGCUCUUCUAAUUCUUCGACCACUUUCUCGUACUUACCGAACUCUGCUUGAAUUCCUAAACUCCAAUCUUUAAUGGCAUCUUUUUCGUCACCUCAAAAAAUUUUAAGUACUUGUACAAUCGCUUUUGUUUCAUGGCAUUUUUCAACUUUGCUCUCCAUGAACUUUCGAUGUCUUUGCAUCGGUUUCAAGAAAUUGCCUCCAGCAAAUCUUGUUUGUGUUUUUGUUCGUCAGCUGCAGUACUUUUAAUUUGUUAUAGAUUGUUUUCUCUUGAUUUUCGACAGUUGCCUCUGUUGUUGUCAUGAUUUUGUCCUGGUAGGGUCGCUACUUUGUCGGAACUGUUUCUCCAGACGAUAAACUCACAGUCGCUAUGAUCAAUGCUUUUUAAUGCUUGUAACCCUGUCUUGGUAAAGAUUACAAACUCUCGCCUUGUGCUUUUUGUCCUGAUCGACCACUUGUUGAAACAACAUCCUAUAAUAUCUAUAAACCUGGCUCCCAGGCCCAUAUGCCCCCAGAGAGUGAUUGACUUGUUAACAGUGAAAAAACAGGAACAAAUAUUCUUAACAUCCUAGUAUCAGGCUACGAAUUCUCACAGGUUAAAGGUCCUAUUAUUAGUUCUGGUAUUGAAAUCUUUCUACCGUGUCUUGAGUAUGUACCUCUGUAUGCGCAAAACAAUUUUUUUUACCCCCAAAUAACUUCUGGCUCCUUGGGUAGGAGCUCUUAGACUCAGCUCAAAGCAUGAAUUUUUUGUGGGACGAACUAAAUUGCGCUUGGAAUUGACGUUAACUGGGUCUGUCGAAGACAUCAAACUUGACAUUACUUCGGAUCCACAGAAACAUUCUUCUCUGGCUAAAGCGGAUGAGUAGAAUAUGUCUUACCACCCUAUUGAACCACUUCGCUGCGGCCACAAAACUUGGCCCGUUAUACAAAUUUAUCUUCCUGGCAUGGCUUUUUCUCAUGAUAAACCGUUUGAGAAGCUUCAUGAACUCCUUAGCUGUUUGUUUUGGCAGGAACCCCGGGUGGACAGCUCUGGUUAGGCUGAAAGCAAAUAACAAAAUAUAUGCUUUUCCUUCUUUCUUUGUCUUUAGUUUGUAUCCUAUAUGUCCUGCAAAGUCUAGGCCAUUUACUUUGAAAUGGGCUAAUCCUUUUGUCCUGUCCGUUUGGAAUUUUCCAGCUGGUGGGUUUGAAAAAGCGGUAACUUGGAAUUUCUUGCUCCCAUAGCAUCCUCUGAUAACUGUCUUUGUGAGCUGUCUUGGCCGAGGUACCUAAUAUUAGUGACGAACAAAACUCAUCGUAAGUCCCUUCCCCCCUUGAAAACUUAGCAGAUGUUUGUCAUGGACAAUUGUCUCUGUUAAGAAGGCAUCUGGUGGUAAGUAGAAAGUGUAGCUUUCAUGCAUCUUCGUCUACACUCGUAGACAGCUUCUUCUGUCAUCUGCAAAUUAGGUUGGAGCUAAUCUUCUUGGAACGUGUCUGUGUUUAACCUGCUGUUUUGAGCUCUUCCUACCCAGUAUUUCACUCACUUGUCAGUCUCACAUGUGGUCAAUGGACCAGACAACCGGUAUUUCUUGCCUUUUUUGCAGUUUCGGAUAAAUCUUGCUACCCAUGUUGUAGUACGUAUUGUCUGCCAGAAUUCAUGUUUCUGUUAAACCUUGUGUAGAGUCUCCUUCAUCUUACUGGCCCCAUCAAACACUUCCUUUACUAGCUUAGCCUCUGGUUGUCUUAGUUUGCACCAAAGCUGGCCACAUUUCUGGUUUAGACAUCCAGUUUGGUCCUUUCAUCCAGAGUUAAAGACACUCUCUAGACAGGGUGCCUGUGCUCUGUUGCCAUAUACCUCUACUUCACAUAGGUCGUGGCAUUAAUUUGAGAACGUCUAUCGGACACAAAUUGUUUCGAGCUACCUUAAUCAGCGAUCCAAAAGAAGACUACUGUACUGACUGUCUAUCCAUGCAAAGUCUUCACUACAUAUCCUUUCAAAGCGCUUCAAGGUCUUCGCAAGGUUCCUUCAAUAAGAAAUGGCGACUGCAGAAGUCCAAUAAAACCCGCGUGAGCCUCAAAUUCUCAACUUGUGAUGAGUCUAUAUCGCUUAUCUAUGAAAUCGAAAGGUGUCACGAUCUGCUUCUUUAAGUGGCACCUGCAAGAAGGCCUGCUUAAUAAUGUCUCCACAAAAGGCAACUGGUUUGAGGCGAUUUCGAACCAGUACACUCCAGAGGAAACUUUAUGCAGGUGGCCCUUUCUCUAAGCAAUCGUUCAAUGAAGGGCCACCUUGGUUUGCCUUAGCUAAUGCAUCAAAGACAGUACGCAUUUUGGUACUCUGUGCUGCUUCUCUUAUGACGGCUUUGUGUAGUAGAUGACAUUCUCUUUCCUCUUGAGUCUCAUCGCUCACUCUCUCCACAAUACCUUGUUUCAGUUGGUUGUGGAUUAUUUCGUCAUACUCAUCUAGAUGACUGGGUACCUUCUGCAAUUUCUUCAUUAGGUUAGAUAGUCCUGCGAUUGUUAGGGAGGGGUGGAUUUCCAGCUUUCCACAGCAGACCAGUCUCGUUCGCUAUACACCACGUGUUGAUCACCGGCUGGUCUCUUCUCUAAUCCCAGUACAUUAAGGCCGCACAUUUAGUCGUAGUAUGAUGAAGAUCUUCAAGUUAGGAACACACUUUCCCCUUAGGUACACACUUUUCCCUUGUCACGUCUCCCAGCGGGGCCAUCCAGGAGGACUGAGUUCCUCUUACGCUAAUUUUCCUAAAGCUUCUACUAAUUGCAGGAACCUUCACUACAGCGAGUUAUCAUCCAGCUUCACUAGAUUAGCACUUUGCCACGUAGUGUAUCUAGGGUAAGUCUAACAUACCCUCUAAUAUCUUUCUUCUUACUCAUGAACUCUACGGUUUGAUAUUGGUAUCCCUUUUCUCAAAGAAGGUAUUAAUUUUUGUUGGUUUAGUCCCUGUGAUAACUGACAAUCCCAUUAUUUACUUGAUGUGAGCGUUAGCUAUUUCCCUUGGUUUUCCAUAUUUGGUCAUGAGAAUGUUCUUUGCUCGUGUGUAUCCCUUACUGUUAAAGGGCAACCCAUCGAUGACAUCUCUAGCUCUUGGUUCAAGUAGGUCUUUCAAGUAUGAGAAUUUGGCUACUUGACGAAUGUCUGACUUGUCUCUUUCCACUUCAAACUGCCCCCAAAACCUUUGCCAAUUUAUGUGUGUGCCCUAGUUAUUGUUAUCACAAGUUUGGGUAGUUCUUGAUCUCAAGUCUCGCUUUUUCCUUUUUUUCUUGAGUUUCUCUUUCUUCUUUUUCCCUUAACAUCUGUUCCAGCUCUUCUAAUUCUUCGACCACUCUUUGGUACUUGCCCAGCUCUUCUUGAAUACCCAAACUCCAAUCUUAAAUGACAUCUUCAUCGUCACCUCGUCCAAUUUUAAGUACUUGUGCAAUCGCUGUUAUUUCCUGGCAUUCCUCAACUUUGCUGUCUAUAAACUUCCGAUGUCGUUGAAUGGGUUUCAACAAAUUGCUUCCAGCAACCUUGUUUGUGUUUACAUUCAUCAGCUGCAGUACUUUCAGUUUGUUUUGGAUUGGUUUCUCCUGAUUUUUAACGGUUGCCUCCUUUCGUCCUGACAGGGUCGCCACUUUGUGGGAACUGUUUCUCCAGACGAUAAACUCAUGCGCGCUAUGGUUAAGAACAGAACUCUUCUAAUACUUCAAACCGUCUCUCGGUGAAGAUUGCAAACUCUCGCCAUGUUCUUUUUGUGCUGAUCGAUCACGUCUUAAAACAACAUCCUAUAAUAUCCAUAAACCUGGCUCCCAGGCCCCAAUGACCUUAGAGAGUGCCUGAGUAGUUCACACAGUGAAAAAACACGAACAAACAUUCUUAUCAUCCGAAUAUCAGUGUACGAAUUCUCACCGGUCAAAGAUCCUUUUAUUAGUUCUGGUAUUGAAAUCCUUCAACCCUGUACCUCUGUAUGCAUAAAACAAUUUUUUACCCCGAUAAAACCUCUGGCACCCAGGGUAGGAGCUGUUAGACUCAGGUCAAAACAUGAAUUUCUUUGGGAGAGGAACCAAAUUGCGCUUGGAAUUGACCUUAACUGACUUUGUUUGACUUGUUGGAGACGUCAAACUUGACAUUACUUUGGAUCCACUGAAACAUUCUACUCUGGCUAAAACGGAUGAAUAGAACAUGUUUAACCACCCCGUUCAACUACUUGACUGCGGCACUAAAGGUUUGCCCAUUAUAUGAAUAAAUCUUCCUGGGUUGGCCCUUUCUUGUGAGGAACCAGUUGAGAUGCUUGAUGAACUCUUCAGCUGUUCGGUUUGGCAGCAACUUCAGGUGGCCAGUUCUGUUUAAGCUGGAAGGAAAUAACAAAAUACAUGCUUUUCCCUCUGUCUUUGUCUUGAUUUGUAUCCUAGAAGUUCUGCAAAGUCCAGGCCAACUACUUAGAAAGGGGCUAAUUUUUUUUUUUUAAGUAGAUAGCUUAGCUUCCCUGCAUUCUUCCUCUACACUCGUACAGACCCUCUUCAUUCUUCUGCAAGUUACGUUUGAGCUAAUCGUCAUGGAACGUGUCUGUGUCUAAGCUGCUGUUUUGAGCUUUUCCUACUUAGAAUUUCACUUGCUUGUCAGUCUCGCGUGUGGUCAAUGGACCAGACAACCGAUACUUCUUGCCUUUCUUACAGUGUUAGGUACAUCUUGCUACCCAUGCUGGAUACGCAUUGUCUGGAAGAAUUCAUGUUUCUCUUAAACCUGGUACAGGGUGUCCUUCAUCGCUGUGGCCCCAGCAAAUUCUUCCUUUACUAGCUUGGCUUUUGCUUUUAUCUCUUUACUUGGCUUAGUUUGCACCACCUCUGGUCACAUUUCUGGUAUAGACAGCCAGUUUGGUCCAUUCAGCCAGAUUUCAAGACACUCUCUUGACAGGGUGCCUCUGCUCUGUUUCCGAAUACCUCCACUUCACUUAGGCCGUGGCAUUAAUUUGAGCAACUCUAUUGGACACAAAUUGUUCUAAGCUCCCGUGACCAGUGAUCCAAUGCAAGACUACUGUACUGUCUGUCUGUCCAUACAGAGACCUUACUACAUAUCUUUCCAAAGCGCUUACAUUGUCUACAAGGUUGGCUGGCAUUUGAGCAAAAUUGAGGUCCAACUUUGGCAUGGUAAGCCCUUUCUUUUCUAACACUGCCUUUGCUCCUAAAAGACCCUGGUGCAUACCAAAUUCUUGUUAUAUGGCUGCGUACACUGCUGCUGCUGUCCCUUUCCUAGUUGAGUUACAGAAUGCAUGCAGGACUAAGGCUCGGACCGUUUCUUGAGCUAUAGUUAGACUGCGUGCUAAUUUAAGCUCACCAGGCCACUUCCCCCAAAUUGUCUCUCCUUGAGUAAAACAGUAUCCCAAGGAAGGUGUAGGUCACAUCCUUCUCUGAAAACCAUUUUCCCUACCAAGGUUACAGUACUUGCUACCCCAAGAGGGUCAUAUAUCGAAGGUGAACUCCUUAGCACUUCUCUCUUUGUGGCUUCGUGUGAAACGAAAAGGUCACAGCCAGAGUGGCUACAAUUCUUAACUUAAGGGAGCCUGAGUACUUUUGCUUUAUUGGUUUUCAACCCCAAUUGUUCCUUAGCAUAUGUCUGUAUGUCCUCUGUCAACUGAUCAUAUGUUUCCAGUUCUGGUACAUUAGAGUUCCACUUAUGGAAUUCGAAAUCUACCCUUUAAAAACCUCUGUUGCAGUUCCUUUCAGCUCAUGUACUUGUUCAACCGUAUCCUCCCCACUGACGAUGUCAUCAACAUUAAGACUUCUCUUCCUCCACAUGCUUUGGGUAUUCAGUUCUUAAAGCUUGUAAAUGUUGGUUUAAAGUCCCUACAAGAAGAAACUGCGACUGCACAAGUCCAAAUAAAGCUCGCUUGAACCUGAAAGUCUCAACUUGUGAAGAGUCUUUAGCCCUUAUCCAAUGAAAUCGAAAUUCGUCACGAUCUGCUUCUCUAAGCGGCACCUGCUAGAAGGCCUACUUAAUAAUGUCUCCACACAAGGCAACUGGAUUGAGACAGUUCCAAACCAUCACACUCCAGAGCAAAUUUUUUAGAGGUGGCCCAGUCUCAAAGCAAUCUUUCAUUGAAGGGCUACGUUGGUUUACCUUAGCUAUUGCAUCAAAGACUACGCGUUUUGGUACUCUGUGCUGCUUCUUUUAUGACUGCUUUUUUAGGAGAUAACAUUCUCUUUCCCCUUGAGUCUCAUCGCUCACUCUCUUCACAAUACCUUGUUUCAGUUGGUUCUGGAUUAUUUGUCAUACCCAUCUAGGUGACUGGGCACCUUCUGCAAUUUCUUGAUGAGGUUAGAUAGUCGUGCAAGGUUGCCUUUUUUAUUGUUAGGGGGAGGCGGAUGUCCAGCUUUCCGCAGUAGAGCAGUCUCGUACCAACCUUCAGGUGGUGUACCAGUUGCUGUUGGAAUUCACUAUACACCACCUGUUGAUCACCGUCUGGUCUGUGUUCGAAUCCCAGUUCUUCAAGGCUGCAUCAUAGUUUGAUGAAGAACCUCUAGUCAGGUGCACAUUGCCCGGGUUUGUUUCAGCUCCAGGGGACAUUAUGGUCCAGCGAAUUGAUGUGAAUUCUGCUAUUGGUUCCCCUAACUCUCCACCCUUGAUGCUAAAUUUGUCUUAAUCUUGACAUACUUGCUAGCCCCGAGGAUCAUGUGGCGUGUAAAGGAAAUUUGGGCUUGAUGUCGGUGUCAUCAAUCUCCACGCCCUUGAGGCGGGUUCAGGAUAGUUAGGAAAGUUCCCAUGUCCAUUUUACUCUGGGUAGUGGGCAAGCUCAAAACUCUUUCAAUGGUAGAGACUUGGACCUUGUACAUUUCUAUCUUCUGACUUGUCCAAGUUAUGAUCAUUUUGAUUCUCUUAUAUUUUCUUCGAUCUGGCUUUCUGUUCAGUUUGCUAAUGAGUGCUGCUGAUGCAUCGGAGCUUCCAGCUUCUAUGUUCAAGAAAGCGCUACACCUUACUCCAUCCACUUCUACCACAACUGCUGGGUACUGCGCUCGACCUCCACCUAUUGCUAGUAUCAGCUGGUUUGAAAGCUUAUCACAAAUUGAACUAUUGCGCUUCCCAUUACCCCUCCGGCAGGUAGUAGUGCAUCCAUAUUCCACGGAUCUAUGCCUGGUCCCAGUUCAGUUAAAACACACCUUUUUGUCUGACAAGUACCUUCUCCUGUCAGUUCCCCCAUUAAUCUUGUCACAGUCAACUGAUUUAUGUUCCGUAGACUUACAGUAAACAAACCCCCUAUGCUUUCCACCCUCCUAUUUAGUUUGAAGCAAUAGGUCUCUCUCUUUGUUACGUCUGCUAGGGUUGCAAACCAUGCGGACCGAGUUCCUCUCGCACCCAUUUUUUUAAGACUUCUACUAAUUGCGGAAACCUCCACUCCUGCCAGUUAUCAUCCAGCCUCACUAGAUCAGCUCUUAUACCUGAUAGUUUGGCUAGGGUAAGUCUAACAUACCGUCCAAUAUCUUUUUUCUUACCUAUGGACUCUAAGGUUUGGAUACUUGUAACCAGUUUCUCAUAGAUCUCAUUAAUUCUUGUUGGGUUAGUUUCUGUGAUAACUGACAGUCCCAUUAUGCACUGGAUGUGAACAGUACCCACUUCCCUUGGCUUUGCGUAUUUGGUCAUGAGAAUGUUCUCAGCCGGUGUGUAUUCCUCACUGUUAAAGGGCAACCCAUCGAUGAGAGCUCUAACUCUUGAUACAAGUAGUUCUUUCAAGUAUGAGAGAGUGGCAAGUUGAGCAAUGUCUGUUUUCCCUUUUGUCGCUUCAUACUGCCCCUAAAACCUUUGCUAAUGUAGGUUGGUCCCACGGAAGUUUGUUAUCACAAGUUUGGGUAGUUCGUGAUCUCAAGUCUCGCUUUGUCCUCUUUUUCGUGAGUUUUCUCUUGCUUCCUGUUGCCUUAACUUUUGUUCCAUCUCUUUAAAUUCUUUGACCACUUUCCAAUUCUUUCGUAUUUGCCCAACUCUACUUGAAUUCCCGAACAUAUGUUAUCUUUACCCAAAAAUAUGUCAUGUUUAAUGACAUCUUGUUUGUCACCUCGUCCAAUUUUGAGUACCUUUAUAAUCGCUUUUAUUUCAUGGCAUUCCUCAAUUUUGCUCUCUGUAAAACUGCCAUGCGUGAAUCGGUUUCAACAAAUCGCUUCCAACAAUCUUGUUUGUGGUUUUGUUUGUCAGCUGCAGGACUUUCAAUUUGUUUUGGAUUGUUUUCUCCUAAUUUUCGACGGUUGCCUCUGUUGUUGUCAUGAUUUCGUCCUGGCAGGGUCGCCAUUUUGUCUGAACCAUUUCUUCAGAUGAUAAACUCACGGUCGCUACGAUCAACUGAUCAACUUUGGAUGCGUGUUAUCCUUUCACUAUUUCCGCUAGUAAGUGCCCCCAAAACCUUUGCCAAUCUAGGUGCAUCCCCUGGAAAUUCGCUACCACAAGUUUGGCUAGUGUAAUAUUUAGUUUACCUGCAUCACUCUCCGUCUCGACGGUUUUCGCUUCUAAUUUCCUCUCGAUCUGAAGUCUCACUUUCUCCCUCUUUACUGAGUUUCUUCUUGCUUCUUGUUCUCUUAACUUUUGUUCCAGUUCUUCUAAUUCUUCGACCGCUUUCUCGUACUUGCCCAACUCUGGUUGAAUACCCGAACUCCAGUCUUAAAUGACAUCUUCUUCGUCACUUUGGCUAGUGUUAAGGUCUUGUACAAUUGCUUGUGUUUCGUGGGAGUCCUCCUCUUUGCUCUGCAUAAACGUCCGUUGUCUUUAAGGUGGGUUUCAUCAAUUUGCUUCCAGGAAUCUUGUUUGUGUUCUCGUUGGUCAGCUGCAGUACUUUUAAUUUGUUUUGGAUUGUUUUCUCCUGAUUUUCGUUGGUGGCCGCUGUUGUUGUCAUGAUUUUGUGCUGGUAGGCUCGCCACUUUGUCGGAACGGUUACGCUCGCUACGAUCAAAACCAGAACUGUUUUAAUGCUUGUAACCCUCUCUUGGUAAAGAUCACAAACUCUCGCCAUGUGCUUUUUGUGCUGAUCGAUCACUUCUUGAAACGACAUCCUAUAACAUCUAUAAAGCUGGCUCCCAGGUGACCGAUGACCUUAGAGAGCGUCUGACCAGUUCACAAAGUGAAAACACAGGAACAAACGUUAUUAACAUCCUAAUAUCAGUCUACGAAUUGUUACAGGUCAAAGGUUCAAUUGUACGUUCUAGUACUGAAAUUCUUUUAUCCCGUCUUGAGUACCCCUCUGUAUAGGAAAAACAUUUUCUUUUUUACCCCGAUUAAAAUUGUGGCACCCAGAGUAGGAGCUGCUAGACUCAGGUCAAAGCAUGAAUUUUUUUGUGAGACGAACUAAAUUGCACUUAGAAUUGACCUUAACUGAGUUUGUUUGACUUGUUGGAGACGUCAAACUUGACAUAACUUUGGAUCCACAAAAACAUUCUACUCUGGCUGAAGCAGAUGAAUAGAACAUGUUUUACCACCCCAUUCAACCACUUCGCGGGGGCGACAAAAUUUCGCCCGUUAUACGAAUAAAUCUUCCUCGGGUGGCCUUUUCUCAUGAUGAACGGUUUGAGAUGCUUGAUGAACUCCUCAGCUGUUUGGCUUGGCAGCAACUCCAGGUGGACAGCUUUGGUUACGCUGCGAGCAAAUAACAAAAUGUAUGCUUUCGUUCUUUCUUUGUCUUGAUUUUGUAUACUUGGAAAGGGGUGAUCCUUCUGUCUUGUCUGUUUUCAAUUUUUUCGCUGUUGGGUGUGAGAAAGCGGUAACUUGGAAUUUCUUGCACCCAUAGCAUCCAUUGACCUGUUCUUAAGUCUCUACACUGUUGGAAAGCUUUCCGUUGGAAACAAAAAUUCUGCCAGUUUGCAGCUGUUAGGUAUCAAAUGCGACAACAACAAUUACAACAACAAAACGUUAUUAAUAAACAUGUAAUAAUACAGAACCAUGUGUACAAAAUAUGAAAUAGGGAUAGCAAGGAUAAAGAAAGCCUAGGUAAUCGAGCCUCUGAUUGUCUUCUAGAAUCAGUUGUGGAUAUUUUAAUGUUUUCUUUUUUCUUUUUCAGAGCAAUCACCAACUUGUGGACACGAAUGCCCAUGGCACCGAGAAAAUCGAGUCAUUUGCUGGUGAUUCCAAGUCGUUUGAUACUUAUACAGAAGAAUGUUCAGGUAGCAUGACGCAGAAAGAUGUUUUGAUUAGAAAGCUGAAAGAUGACCUCGAGCACGCACGCAAACAGCAGCAACAAACUGCGAGGGAGUUAAGAGAUUCCGAGCUGUCUAUAGCUCGCCUUCAAGGGCAGAUUGGAAAACUAAGGGACGAUCAAUCGCUGAAACGGUCCGACGUAGCUGCCAAAGACCAUACUCUGCGAGCUAUGGAAAAACAGCACAUGGACAGCAAAGUUAAGGUUGGUUGACUCCAGGCUCUUUUUUCUGGCUUCUAGGCUACGUUCACAAAAGACCGGACGAAUGUUUGACCAGUCGAAAAUGCUUUCGUUGAGGUGAUCCAUUCACACGCAACCUCUUUAACCGUGCGAAAAUUUAGGUGCUUAGCUGUUCAAUGUUUCGUGUGAACAGAGCAAGAAUAUUGAUUGUUCCGUGUGAAUGAAGAGUCCAUUCAAAUUUUCAGUCGGUAGAAGACUUGUUCAGUGCCAUGUGAAGGUACAUGUAGCCCAAGUAUUAAUUUUGGGGUACUACGUUUUUUGAGGGCAGAUAUGGGUCUGUUAAGAUAGCCUUAAACCCUGACCCAGCUACAGUUAGGGACAAAAGUGUUGAGACACUUCUAUAAAAAGGCCCCUUUUUAAAUAGUUGACAUAACCGUCCCCUCCCCCUGUGUACCUCUACCCCCUCCCCCCAAAAAUCAAUUUUGUAUUUUAGACCUUCAAGUCUUUCUUUUACUACAAAUAACUUUGAUUCGGGGGUGGGCGAUUUACGGCCUUUAAAUAGAAUGAAGUAAUGAAUGAAAUUGCUGAUAAAAGCACCCGUCUUAGACAAGUGUGUCAACUAAGUUUGUCCCUGAUUGAAGGCCCUGGGUAUGAUCCAAGAGACCUAUUGUUAGCUUCCUAUAUUUACCACUGGAAAGUUGUAAAGGGUUUCAAAAGAGGUUACAGCAACAUAUUAACCUUAAUUUACCUCCGGCUGUGUUUAUUGAACAAAGGUGAGUGGAAAGCAAAUGCCAGAAACAAGUAAAAUAAAUCAAAUUAAGACGGAAUCUAUCAGGAAAUUAAGUAAUUUUAAUUUUCAGCUGGCAAAAACCUUGUACCAUUGUACCAGAAUAUUUUAAGCCAUAUCACAUUAUUUUAUUGCAUUUUUCAAGGGCUAUAGGUGUAAUUUGUUUUCUGUAAUAACACCAAAGACAAUUUCUUAUGGGAGCCCGAGAAAAUAAAUUUCAAAUAUCACAAGAACUGAUAAAAGACGGUAAAAUUAUCAUCCGAAAGAUUUCAUUUUGUGAAAUUUGAAGCUUUUGAAGUUUGUUUUUAUAUAACGCUUAAUGAUCCAAUUUUUUUUUGUGCCUCUGACGCAGUCUAGGAACGAUCGUGUGCCUCAGUUUCUGAUCUUUUUUCCUUUUGUUUCUUUUUGUUGUUGUUUUUUUUCUCAGGUGGCGAGACUUCAAGAAGAAAAUCGUGAACUUAAGAGCAAAAUUCAGUCGUUAACAGACUCCAGCGGCGGGAUCCCUCUUGAUCUGUCUCGCGAGUUUGAGCAGAGAGUGAAGCGGCUAGAGGCUGAACUGGAAGUUGUCGAGGAUCAGCGACGUAAAGCUACACAGGAGGUGGUAAAACUACAGAGUCAGCUUAGCGAAAGCCAACACGCUGCCAGGGGGCACAAAGAAGUUUUAGUUAGCGAGGUUAGUUGCUGUCCUUGUGCGCUUACCAUUGAACAAAAAUUCCGGUUUCAAAUUUUGGAUUUUCUACAUGAUUAUUGGAACGCUACAUUCCGGUUGUAUAGACCCGAUCCAAGCCACCGCGCGUUUGGUUAUUAUACUUGAAGCCGGGAUACAGAAGAGCGAUACUGGAACAACAAUUUUGUCAAAUGGAAAGGGAAAUUUCGGUGCUACCAACCGAAAUGACCGGACGGGUCGAAGUGUACCACCAUCAAAUAUUCCGGUCGAAUCGAACCGAAAUGGUCCGUUUCAUUUGGUUUCUAACUGAAAUUUCCAGAGUUUUGGGCUGAAUGGCAAGCAUCCCUUGUUACAUCGAAUAGCCAAUGAUCUAAGCAGGCAGUAGUUUAGUGUACGAUGAACUGUGGACAGUCACUCUUGUGUGGAGAUGACUGUUUUCAAGCUGCGAAGUCCCAAGACGUGCUUUGCGUCGGCUUCUCCGCCGCCUAUAUAAUAGCGCAAAACCCAAUGCUAAACCUAAAUAAGAGAGGAGCUUGAAACUUCAUGUAUUUUGCGAAGCUUCAAACGGGAAACAAGCCGGAGGUAGUCUGUUCAUAGAACUUCUAUUUUCUCUUGUUCUGGCUUUUCUGUGCUAGCCAAAUUCCUUACAAAAUCAUAACGGAAGAGAAGAAGAAACGUCAGUGGAUAGACUUAGGGCGAGGCGAAAAGGGCAUUCCUCGCCUCGCGCUCCACGCUGUUCUCAGACUGUCGCGGGCCUCAACUACAUCCCCGCCUCGCAUCCAUCAGUGUAGGCCAUCGCCAGAUAAAGGCACGGUAACCUAAAAGGCCUGGGGACGAGGUUUGAGCUGGAGGAAAAGGCGGGAAAAUUUUCACUUUUUUGCUUAACUACUACCUAAAAAUGUACCCUGCGCCACAGACGAGACUAAACUCUGGUUAAGUCCGUCAGCGAAACAACGCCGAAAUCAUUGUUCUGGGUCCCCACCUGUGUACCAGGAUUUGAGUACGCGCCAUGAUUGGCCUAUUAAAAAGCCAUUGCCGAUUUGCCUAUCAGGAUGAAAGGAAAUUCGAAACCCAUUUCCGGUAAUUCGUUGAGUCCGCUGGGUGCCCAAAACAAGGAUGUGGGCGCUGGUUCGCAGACGUUACUUACCGAGGUUAAAGACGUCUGUGACACAGGUUAGAAAAAUGGAACUCCACGGAUGACAACUGCUAUUUGAUUUCGUAUUCCAAAGAAUUAUGCAGAUCGACGAGGGUGCUCUCCGCCGCGUUCGCCUUCGGCCUCGGUGGAUAACACCCUGGUCGUUAAAUAGACCUCUAAGUUUUACGCCCUGCUCUCUUGCGUCGGUCCUUCUAGUGGCAUUUUAACCGAAGGCGGACUGAUUCUUGACACCUACUAAAAGAAGUACUCCCUGUGAAAUUAUAAGAUAAGCCACCUUUUUUCUUUGUUUCAGUUGACAUCAAGAGAUUCAGAGCUGGAUAAUUUGAAAGACAGAUACAACACUGCCCUUAAGGAGGUAAGCUGUUAUCAUAUCCUGGAAUAAACGCUUCUUCUACCAGUUUUUGUGAAAACCAGGUGUAAAGCGGGCGUCAACAACGUCCCAGUGGAUAACACAACAUCUCGAGAAGGCACUUUGUUCCGUUGCUAAACCCAAUGAACCUUUUGCGCGCCUGCGAAAAAUCAACCACCUGGCGAUUAGUCAUCUUCGAACCCCAUUUAUAAUCUUUCUCGCAAUUUUAAACUCCAUUACGUUUAUAUUUCCUCAAACUUACGUUUUGUGACUUUUUUGGGUUGCAAAUAUAUGCAGAGUGAUACCUCUAAUUCUCAGCUUUAUUUUCAGUCUGGUGAUUGUUUUCAAUGCCAAAGCCCCCCAACCCCCCCCCCCCCCCCCCCCCUUCCCCUCGUGUUAUCUCCUCUGCAAGGUAAAAAGGAAUAUUGCAUCUAGGUUACCACUCAUCCCUUGUUUUCAGAUUCAGGAAUACGAAAAGGAGAUUCGUCAGCUAAGAACAGAUCAUGCCAACUGCAGUUACGAGGUAGGUAUUUGUCAAUCAGGUCAUACCAGUACAAACCAAGUAUACCCCACUUCAAGAAAACUGUAGGGAUAAUAGUUACAACCAUUGGGCGUAGUGAUUUUUGGGAUUGUUUGGGCGGACAAGCGUAAGUUAUGAUUGUUUGUUGGUAUUCAAGGCAAUCAUUAACCAAUCAUACUUAACACCUGUCCACCCAAAUUAUCCCAGAACUAGUUGCACCGAAAGCUUACACUAAUAUCACUGUUUAAAAGCAUUGUUUUUGUUAUUCAAAUUUGUAACAAGUGAAACAAAAGAAUCUUUUGUUUCAAGAACCAAUGCGCUUCUGGUUGCGACAUUGAUAUCAUAUAGAUGACGCAAGCUUGAGUAUCGCUAUAGUUCAUUCCGGAAUGAACAAUUCAUAGAUGGUUUAAACUUUUAAGUAUGAUAAAACAGUAAAUUAAGUAACGAACUAAUUAAUAUUCUAAUUGUAUGUUAUUCUUAUUUUAGUGUAACGGGAAAAUGUUGGCCAUAAAAUGAAACUAUAAUUUCGUUAAUUUUUUUUAUUUUUUAUUUUUUUCGGAGAACGCACUUAGUAAAAAAGGCAAGGCACUAUUUCACACGUACCACGAUACUUUCGGUUAAUUUCAGUUGUCUGUUAAACUAAAGAUAAUUAAUCAAUUUCAACAUACACAGACAUACAGUGAACCUUUCGUCAGAACUCGAACAAAAGACAUGAACAAGACACCAAACGCCGGAAAAUUGUGUCACGUUCCUGAUUUGUUUAAAAGUGGCGCUUAAUCUUUUAGCCAAUCACAGAGCAGAGAAAACGAGGACCAAAAUGAUGGCAAAUUAAGCCAACGUUUUCAACUUAAAAUACUAUGCCUACAAAAAUCACCAAAAAUUAUUAUGAUUAGUGGUCAUUGAUGAAAUUUGUCCGAUAUCUUCUUCCAAACUCAACAGGAACAUUUUUUGUGAGGGUAAAGACACUAAAUAAUGACUUUAGCUCCGAGAGAUUGACCUAAAACAGCAGUAUCCUCGUGACGUAGCUUAUGGCAGCCCCGCCUCCUCUCAGGAAAAAUCGGGGAAGACCCCUUCACGCCCCUUCUCUGAUUUUUCCUGAAGGGAUGGGGGGGGGAGUGGGAGGUCUGUACACAGGCUACUCGUGACGUAGUUUCUUUAACUCUAAUUUACUUUUUAAGUUGGAGAAAAAUAAAGUCCACAUACAGCAACUGGAAGGUGAUGUUAUCAGGUGUCGCGAGCAGGUUUCUCGAUCAGAAGAAGAAUGUAGAGCGGCACAAAGGGAACUGAAGCGACUGCAAAUGGACGCUGAUGAUCAGAGAGAUGCGCUCGCUAACGAGGUAAGCUGUACCAAAAACAACAACAAUAAUGCUUAUUUUCCCUUAAGUUUCUAUUUACAAUAGCCUGUGUAGCAAGCGUUUUCGCUCGAGUUACUGGAACGAGAGCAAAAAGUGGAGUUAGGGGGAGAGCAGAAGAAAGAAACUUUCUUUCCCCUGCCCCUCCCCCUUCUUUCAUUUUUUUUUUUUUCUCGUUUCAGCUUAAGCGCAUUAACUGGAGUGGAAACGCUCUCCACGCGGGCUUUAUUUACAAAAGUGCAUGGGCCCGCAGGUUGCUAGUCUAAUCUUGGCGGGCCAGUCAAUUUACGCGUAGAGAAUAAUUCUGUUAUUUUAUGUACAUAUUUGUCUAUAUAUAACGGAUUAUACAAAGGAGAGAAAGAACUUACAGCAUACUUUAAAUCUGGUCUCGUUCUCCUUUUAGAGUGAUUUACUUUAUCGCCCAUUAAACAAAUGAAUUGGUAUCAAUUAUUUAAACAAUUUAACUAAAAACUAGACGCCCGCGCGUUCUCAAGUCCUUGCAAUCAAAACAGAAAAGUAAUAAAACUUAUACCAAACUAUAGAUCGAUAGCAGAAUAUUUCGACACUUUGCACUUCAGUUUUGUUAUUUUCUAAGCGCAGUUUCUCGUGUUAGGUUGCAGAAAGGCAUGAUGUUAUCUUGAAGUUGAGGUCAGAAGUAUCUUCCUUGGACGAUAAACACCGAGAGGCUGUUGCCCAGGUAACACUUGAUUGAAGUCAAAGUAAAUGCAAAAAUUUAGCAGCCUCUUCCUUUGAAGAUAUUUUUUAUUUCCUUUUUUGAUUCUUUAUUUUCCCUUCAGGCCAGCUGGAGAGAUGAAGGACUGUUUUAGGGGUCCAAUUUCUCCUAUUUGCCGAAUUAUUUGCAAAUGAGCAAGAACAAUAGAUUUUGCUAAUUAGCACUUACAUUUUUCCAGGUGUCUAGUACAGUUGCUUGUUGCAGAGUUACUUUGACUAUGUAUAACGUGCAAAUUUCGAGAUGAAGCAAAGUAAAGGCACCAUUUUGCGUCACUCUCUUGGGCCCGGUCCCCCGCACGAGCCUAAACCAAAUCGAGGUUGAAUGUUAAAAAAAAUGUUUUGAAUCUGAAAUUUUCGUAAUUACACAAACUAAAAUUUUGAAAAUUUUAAAAAUAACUCUUCCGAAUAUAUGCCCUCACAUUCGCAACAGUAAAUCGAUAUAGUCCCUCUGAGAGAAAAAAAAUUCCCCAGUGGGUUAUAUUAGAGAUCUGCCCUUAAGUAAAACAAAAUCAUUGUUGUAGAAACUACCGAAUGAUCUACAGUUCUCAUUACGGUAUGAACUAUAAACUGACUUAUUAGCUGUAAAUCUGGUUUACCAUAUAUUAAAUGGUUCCUGAUGUCGCGUCUUUGCUAUCGGUGACUAUUACUGUUGUUGUUGUUUUGCCAUUUAUGAGGUACGGUACUCUGUUUUCAAUAAAGUUUAUUGCUGUUUUAUUAGAAAUCAUGCCCCAAUAUUAAACAAUUAUUGGAGGAGGUUUUGAUUAUACCCGGAAUAAUCUCACUUACCGUGACCUUGAUUAUUCCGGACGUAAAAAAAGACAAUCUGAACCUAAUAACUUUUCAAAUCUAAAUACAUUAUUUUAAAGAAAAUAAUGAAAAACAUAAUGUCACAGGAAAGACCGUUUAACAUUGGGCUUGGAAAUCAUGCAUUGCGCGCGCAACCUACAGAUUUGUCAGUUAUCUGCCAGCAGAUACCUAGCUAAUCUGUAGUUUACACUGAUUUCUAAAAUUAACUAUAAGCUCUUACCCCAAGAGAAGGACGAUAGUAAGUGCAAUAUUAUGUGAUAAAAUUUACGCUUUGAAGAUGACUGACACCAAUAUCCUCACAAGUUCAAAACGCAAAUAUUCUUCCACCCUUGAAAAUAUAAACCCGGGGGACUGUUUUUAAAAUUUUAUAGUCAGUAUAAAAUUUUAGAAGAUGUAUGCGAACCUUGGAAAUGAAAAGAAGUCUGACAUGAUGUUGAUUAACGCAGAAAAUUUUAUGGAGUAAUAAUUCAUGUUGUAACUAUAAAAGUGGCGGGCAGAAAAAAAAGGAGUUUUUAUAGCUCUUAAAUUCUGUCUUAGCAUGCCCUUAAAAUCUUAUUAAUUUUAACUCUUUUGUAGAAAGUAUGUGAUAAGAAAGACUGCAAAGUGGUCUAAUUAUUGUCGUUGCAAAGGCCCAGUUUUACUCUAAAUUCUGCGCUUGAUUUAUCACAGACCAUUAUCAUUCUGCACAUAAUAGCUCUAUUGUCGAGUCCGCGUCGCUUUGGGAAAUUUAUUGUUUCUAAUUUUUAAUGGCCGAGCGAACAUCUGUAUUGUUUGCAUAAUUUUGUGCACCGAGAUAGCGUCCCUUGAAACGCGUAUCAGCGAGCUUCGAAGUUUGCGGAAGGAUUGUCGGGUUUUGUUUGUUUGUUCCCUGGGAGUUGGCUAAGCUGUAAUGGUGUUUCAAACUGGUUUGUUUUUUCUCUGUUGAAAAGGCCGAUAUAGAGAAAACCAAGGUAUUUUAUUAAUUUAUCCAUCCGUUCACUCUGGUGAUUGAGACCGCGACCACGACUUUGAGAAGUCUAAAUGUAACUGUAAACAAACUUUCUUUGAAGGUUCUUGCAGUCAUUUGGCCCAAGCUAUGUGAUAGGUUUGUCUCUAACAUGGAUGUUUUGUAGUGAUGGUUUGUACGAGGAUAGCGACCCUUAUAUUUCACAACCAAAUGCUAGUAGACUAAAGAUUUUCAAAAGAUAAUGUUGUAUCAGCUGUUGCAUUGUUGAUUGAAAAGUUCUUCAUCGUUCUUCGUCGAUCAAGCAGAUCUACCAUUCGUCGUAAUGUUCCUUCAAGUAUACGAUGUUUGUAACAAGUGUUUAUUAUAUUUUACAGUUAUCUCAUCGAAAUAAUGUGAUUCAGAAACUGCGGAACCAAAACAAAGAAAUGACAGAUACGGUAUGACUUAUUAUAUUUUUGUUUGGUUAACGUUCUAAUAACGAACAACAAAGAUUGAAUGGGAUUUUUAUGUUUGCAGACCAGUCACUUGUUCAUCAUUUAUUUGUAAUUAUUUUUUGAUAUUUAGCAUGCACUCGAUUGUAAAUACAGUUGACGCUUUUUAAUUCUUUCGAUUUGUCCAUAGUGACAAUUGCAUUACAAUUUUAGGAUUUGCAAUAUAAAUACUAAUCCUUCACUUCUCUUAAACAAGCUUGAAAUGCGUAAUAUCCAAUAUGAUAUUCACUGAACCCUAAAUUCACCAGUGAUACAAGAGUUUACGUAAACUUCACCUCUGUAAAUUACACGGAAGUUAAAUUCUGUUCCUUUUCUUAUGAUGGUUUAAACUCUAGUUGGUAUAGUUUAAAAAAGGUGGUUUGUUAUGUUUUUUAGAUCGAGGAAUACAGCCGCAAACAAGCAGAGCUUGAGAGUAAACUUAAUGUCACUACUAAAAGAGUAAGUGGUUAUAAGAAAUCAGAAAUUCUACAGCCAUUUUGUCAAGGGGCGGUGGAGAACUGGGGCCAAGCGCUUGUAACGAGGCCAGGAGGUGAUUGUGUCGAAGCUGAUUCUGUUAUCCUUGUUUUUGUAGCUCUCCGACUUGGAAAAUCGCUUGGAGCGGAGUCAAAUCAGCAGCUUGGAAAAGUCAGAUCAUCUGGGAAAAGUGGUAGAGUAUAUAAACAGCAACCUCUUAAGACAGAUUUACAUUCCGUUGCCACGAUCGCACCAUACCGCGCAGGGCUUUUCGCGUUCCAGUUUACAAGGAGAAAGCCCUGACAACGAGGUUGCAACGGUCGGUUAAGCAGUUAGCCUCCAACGCAGACAUUUUUAGGGCUCCGUCAUGCAACGUGAAGCGGGAGUGCGUGAGCUAUGAAUGUCUACAUUGGAGGCAAUCAUACAGUCGAACCUCUGUAGUAAGGUCACUAAAUUAACAGGGUAGAGUGGUCGUAUUGUAAAUGUAGAGAUUGGAGAGAUUCGGCUGUUUAGAAUUGCAGACUCUCAGGGAUUGUUAUCAUUUCGAUCACUUAAAAGUGGUUUAUUUGCAACUUCUACGAUCUUUAAACUUUCUGUCAGCAAUCCCCUGGGUGCUAUUACUUGGUGGUGUACAGUGUGCGAAGAUCAGCCCAGUGCUGCACCGGUAGUGCAGAGGUCUAGGUUUGAAUCCCGUCGAGCCUGUAGAUUUUCAGGCUUUCUUUUGGCAACUGUACAACUUGGUCUUUAACUGCAAUGAUCUUCCUUGCAUUUAUUUCUUCAGUCCGCGGUUCCAAUAUAUGAAUUUCACAUAUCAUUCAUUAUACUUACGCUUUUGUUUGACAGGUUGAAGGCAAAGACUCAGAAUUGCGUGAACUGAAGUCCAAGCUAUCAAGUCUUCAAGAUCAGCAUGAACAAGCCCAGUCUAAGGUGCGAGCCCAUUUCCGCCUUUUUUCUUUUGUAAGCACACCUUGCUGUUACGGUGGAGCUCCAAUCGAGAUCGGGUCAUAACUCUUACGUCCGACAUGAAGAUUUACGAAAAAGUCCUUGGUCUUUCUGGGAAAUGGGAAUAUUUUUAAUUCCCCACUUCAUAAACUUCAGGGAGAAUGUGAACAAACUUUAGGCGCAAUGAUUUCUAGGAUUGGUGGGGUUGACAAGCGUUAGUUAUGAUUGGCCGAUGACCGAUGGUAUUUAAGGCGACCAUGAACCAAUCAUUUGUAACGCUUGUCCACCCAGAGUCCAGACAUCGUUGCGCUGAAAGCUUGAACUCGUUGAUUCCCCUUAUAAUGAUCGUAGCUUUCUGUUGACGAGGCCCUCGUGUAACUUGAUGUGUUACUUAAAAUCGUUGAAAAAAAAAGAAGAACCGACCAAGUAUUGUAUUUGCUAACCUAAGUAACGUUUACAAAAAUAGAAUAAAUAAAGAUAUUUUAGGCAAAAAACUGCUCAAAAUAGCAAAAAACUAAACGAGCUGAGUAAUUACGGUUGACAAAACUGGCGCCAUACGGCUAUUACUGUGUCUUUUGUAGACUUAAGAAUCUGUAAUGCUGUUUUUGUUGGUUUAGUGUGUUUGAUUGGCCGUUUUGCCUUAAUGAGAAAAAAAAAGGAAAGACAUACCGCUUGUUCAUUUUUCGACAUUCCGCGACGCUACCUCUGGUUUCCCCGCGAAAUGAAGUCCGAGAAACGACUUCAGAAAUUCCACGCAGAUGACGUGUCACUACUCAGAUCUGGGUUGUGCUUCUGAUUGGUUGGCUGCUAGAGAAAUUGGCCUCAAGGCAACCAAUCAGAGCACUACCCAGAUCUGGGUAGUGACACGUCAUCAGUAUAGAAUUUCUGCAGUCGUUGCUCAGACGUCAUUUGGCGGUGAAACCAGUUGUGGCGUCGCGAAAUGUCGGCUUGUUUCUCAGGCUUGUUCAUAGCCAUUAAACAGCAACAUGCAAGCUGGGUGGCAAACGCUUUGAUAGGAAAAGGAUCCUAUGACUUGACUUUUCAUGUGUAUUUUUAUUUUAGGAUAAAAUUAUUGGAAAGCACCCCUAAUCAAAUUUCUUGGAACUGAAUCCAUAGCCUUGCAAUUGUUUUCCCAUAAUACUGAAAUAAAUAAAAGUAACCGAGUUGAUUAUGCAUUUCCCUUUUCUGUUUAAAGGUAUCUCACCGCGAAGAAGCCCUUCAAAGGCUACAAGUUCAACAAAAAGACUUUGUUGAGGAGGUAUACAUUAAUCGUUAUGUACCAGUCAUUAUCUUGUCUUUUACAGGCUGUCACUAAGAUUUGAAGUUGUUGAGUAAAAUGAAACACGUGAGAUGGGGGAUCUUACUAGCUUUAAACUCGCCAUAUCUUAGGAUAGUUAAUCACUAGUCUUAAUUUUUAUAAAUUGUAAUUACCACACGGCAUGUCUGAAAACCAGCUUGCUGAGCCAUUUACCGUGUUUAAAUAAAGUUGAUUGAUUGAUUGAUUGAUUGAAAUACAACAAGUACUGUAGAGCCGGUGGCCAGAGGGUGAAACAGUUAGGGAUUUCUUUUGAAUCUCUUGUUCUUCUAUUUUUCAAUGCAAGUAGCCGGGGGAAAUCCCUGGCCCCCUGCCCUUAAUGACAGCCCCGCUUCCGCGUAGCCUUUACAUGGGUCGUAAAGCCGUUUACAGGCAGGGAUGGGGGUUCAUCUUCAUACCUGUUCAUGAAGGGUACCGUAAAUCCUCUAUUAACCCCCCUCCCGGGGGGGGGGGACUUAUUUAUUUCAAACCCAUUUGAAGGGGGGGGCUUAAUUGGGAACGGGGGCUUAUUUAAUUUGGAAAAGAUGAUGGUAUGAGUUCUCCAUAAAGAACUACAAUACAAUACAAUCUGGAAAAGCUCAAAUACAAGGUUAGAGAUCAUGCAGCCGAAGAUCACAAUGAAAUCCGAACUUCCAGUUCGUAAAUAAACCAUCCCAGAUCAGUCCACGCGAAGUUUUGCAGUCGUGAUUGAUUAAUACAGUCUAUUAGUUUUUACUGCAGAAUAAUUAGGGUAGGGGAGGGGAAGGUUAUCAACUUUCUUUAUCUGAAAGGGGGGGGUGGCUUAUUAGAGGGAGGGGGCUUAUUUGAGAGAAAGAACACAUGUUUACUCGAGCAAAUUACCCAAUGAAAAGGGGUCCAUUCAAGGAAGAGGCGUUGAUUUAAAAUCGACAAGGUUUCCCUGUGACCCAUAAUACGGUCAUUGACAUCUUGAUAUCACCUACAAUAUGCCCCAGAUGAACUCGUUCAAGUGAGUGGAAAGUAUAUUCCUGACAGUAGAUCGCCGCUAUAAGCUGCGUAUUAAAGCCCCAACAGCGAGCGGCGAAGGUCCUGAGACUACAAUAGAACCGCUGUAUUGUCUUCUCUGAGACCCACUUGCCACCAAUACGAAAUAAAUAGAUUCUUCCCUCUUUAGCGGCAUGUGUCCCUUCUCCAAGUCGUUGCCCACUGCGCAAGACAGUGAUAUCAAGAGGUCCUCGUGCUAUCCGUUCAGUUUUUUGUUCGUUUAGAUAGUUCAGGAUCUUCCUUUAUCGCUGUUAUUACUUAUAUCUGCUAUUUUAUUCACCUCACUUUCAUUUUCUUUUCUCAGGUUGCUCGUCGCGAGAAAGCCAUUCAAAAACUCGAACUUGAGCUUUUAACAGCUCAAGAAAACCAUCGAAGGGCUCUUGAUGACGUAAGAAAUCUUUCCAUUUUUAACAUAGACUUGCGUAGAACUGUUUAUGAUUAUUAUGGUGAUGAUGACUAUGACGACGACGACGAUGAUGAUGAUGAUGAUGAUUAUUAUUAUUAUUAUUUGUGGUUGACAGAUCACUAGACGUGACGACACGAUUCAGCAGUUGGAGGGAGAUUUGGAAACGAGUAGAAAACAACUCAAAGAUGCGAUUGAAGAGGUAAAUUUCCGAAGUCGAAGAGCUCUAUUACAGAUUUCGGAGUUCCCUAUUAUGAUCGACUGCUAUUAGGACACAAGAAAUGUUCGCAUUUGGUUUCAAACCCACCUCUUUACUUAUACAUAUAUCUAUUCUCUCUAGAAAGGAAGACUGGAGGCAAAAGUUCAAGCUUACAAGAUUUCCACCCAGAGCGAGCAGGAUGUUCUUGCAGAAGAGGUUUGUUAUUUGUCGGCUUACCUUUCUUUGCGCACCCCUCUCCAAAGCUGCAACAUACGUACGACUGGAAGCUUUCACUCUCCUUCUUUCUUUGCUUCCUUUUCUUUUUUCUUGUUCUUCUUUUCCUUUUCCUGUUAAUAAAUUGAACUCUAAUGCUUUGCUCUUACAGGUCGCCAAGCGAGAGGAAGCUAUUCAUAAACUGAAGAUUGAGAAGUUAGCCCUUCAAGAACAGCAGCAAAAGGCUGAAGACAAUGUAAGCAUUCGAUUUUUGUAACAGAAUCAGCUAUUGGGAUUUUCAACGUUUUCACUAUUGCGAUUUAUAUUUUUCUGGUCUCAAUCUAGACACGAUCAAGUCUACAGAGGAUUUUAAAUGCCGUAGUCCCCGAUAAAGUUUGAUUAUUGUACCUCACUAAUUUUAACUACAAGGCUUUUCAGUUAACGUUUCCACCACUUAAAACUGCUAUGAAAAGGUGUUGGUUUUAAUCACAAGCUCUUUUUAGGUUCGAGAACAUGAACGGUCUGUUGAGCGACUUCGACAGCAGUAUGAAGACUGCCUUCAAGAUGUAAGUACUGUACAGAACUGUGGCUGUCCCUUUAUUUUUUGUCUUCUUUCAAAGUUUUGUCGGCAUUUUUAUUUACUCCAACGACGGUCUCCACUUCUUUCGUAGAUGCAGCAGAGAAAUGCCGCCGUGGUUGAUAUGGAAGCCAAGCUAAAUGACAUGAAGUCCAAAUCUGAGGAAUACACCGACAAGGUGUCAUGUUGGCUAUUUUUAUUCUUUUCUGCCUUUUCUGUCCAACUAAUUAUCUUCGCAAUGGUAACUUCCAGGGCCCUGCCUCGCCUCAAACAGCAUGGCUCAAACAAAAAUAACCCAAUUGAAAAAAAUAGGCAUUUGCAGGUUUUUAUAAACAGUCGAAGUCGACAUAACUCGAACCCUCGCUUUCGCGCUAACUCCUCGAUUUCCCGUGGAAAAAUUCACUGUAAUUUUACCCUAACUCGAACCCUCGAUAACUGAACUCCCGCAACUCGAAAAAUUUUCAGGCAUUUGAGAUAAUUUUACCCUCGGGUUUGAGCCCUUAAAAAGUCGGGAAAAAAAAGCCGUCUAUUAGAAUCAUUUUUUGGAGUUCCUAUUGGGUUUUUAUAGUUUACUAGUGGAGGCUAAACAGGAACGUGAAGCAGCUUUUCUUCUCAAAACAGCAAAACGAAUGUCUAUUUAUAUAUAUUUGUUACGUUUUCUAAAAGUAAAUUUUCACUGGAUUGGAUUUGUUCACUGUCCCUUAGCUCGAUUUUCUUCAACUCCCGGUAACGAAGACAACUCGAACAUCCGGUUCGAACUUAACCUAAAAAUGACGUCGCUACAAGAAGACAGCAUCCGUGAACUUAACCUCAGGUGAAGGAGCAUGAGGUAAGCUAGUUUUUUUUGUCUUGCUCCCGCGCUCUGUGCGUGUGACAGUCAUCCUGAAUAUUUAAGUGGAAAAAUAUGCCUAUAUCUUAAACGAAGAAACUAUCUGAGCCAUUUGAGGCAAAUGUCAAAGAAUCUUUGUUUAUUGGAAUAGCCCACGUUUGAUUUCAAACAUACCCUGAGGCGUUAGGGUCAAAAUUGCAAACUUUUCACGACUCCAUUGUCUCGCAGUUACAAAUUGACUUAAGCCCAACGAAAGCGAAACCAAAUGUAGAAAAAUGUCCAGGAAGCCUUGGAGUCGUGUUAGAGUUUUAAUAUAUCGAACAUGGGCUAUUGUGAAGCCCUAGGGUAAAAAAAGUCACCCAGUAUACGCUCGAUGCUGGCUCAAUUUAUACUUUUAUACUGUGAGUAGCCUCGUGGUUUGUUUUUGGGUUUCCUCACCACAUUUAUUUGCUUCUUUGUAUUCCUGUAUUCUUGUCCUUUGUUUUUGUGGUAAAAAUAAACUAGAAAACUGAAAAACCGUAGGUCAUUUGAAACAAUUCCUUUUCAAAUUAUGUUGUUGUUUUGGUUCUUUGUUUACAAAGCCAACAAAACUUGAUUGGAUAUAACUUCCCAACCUACGGAACCUUUAAUCUUUCUCUUAAGUUUCGCAGUCUUUUUAGCCAUCUAGAUAUUCCGCCCGCAUUAUUGGAAAGAAAACGUGUGCAUUGAUGUAUUAUUUUAUUACUUGUUAUUUAGGCCAACAUGAAAGAGGAUAUCAUUCAGAACCUGGCUUCAGAGAUGGACGAGUUACAAGAACAACACAGAGAUGUUUUGGCCAAGGUAAUGUCCUCGCAUUGUCUAUAUUGUUACAGUCACAGGUACAAGUGUAUGUAAUUACGAAAGUAUGGGCGGAAAUCAUCUUAGACAUCGAGACAUGAACAACCAGCAUUAUAGUUAGAACGCAAUAACUCUUGAACGAAAAAAAGGUGAAUCUUUCGCAGAAUUCAAACUAAUUGCCUGUUCGAGAACUCCGUAAAGUACGUUCUGAAAGCUCGGGUGCAAUUACUUUCUGGUUUUCGUUUGUUCAUGUUUUAAUGUAAGUCGAUGAUUUUGGAUAUGUGAAUCGGCUUUUGGCUGAGUGCGUAGACCCGAAAUUGAUGAAAUAACGCUGGCCAAUCACAGUAGAGGGAGGCGAGCGAUUGAACCAAUCAGAUCUCGAAACACUUGAACCUGACACCAAGCGCGGCAAAUCGUUUGCGAAGAAGUCGCCGUUGGUUUUGGUUUAAUUCUUGAUUGGUUGAAAACUGAUUGGUGCGGAAAUGUUGAGCCAAUCAUAACGAAAAUGAUCACAAAAUUAUGUUGGAUAUUUAUUUUUUUUAAAAAACUGAAAGUCUUUGUCUAAACUGACUGUGUCUUUUCCCAUUCGCCUAGAUGUCCAAGAGGGAUGAAAUGAUCGAUCGUCUGAAAUCAGAAACAACUUAUCUGAAAGAGCAACAGCGGGACAAAGAGCGAGAGGUAUCUUCAAUUAUAUCAAUCAACAGGAAACGUUGUUCGUAAUAGUAGGGAGCUUUUUGAGCAACGACGACGGCGACGGCAACGAGACCUUCGAAAAAGCAAGAGGUUUAGAUUAGCAAAGCAACAAUUCUGGACGUUCAUCACGUUUUUUCGUACAUUUCUUUGCCGCCACUGCACGACUACGACGUGAAAAGGACGUAAACAAGCGACGACGAAUUUUUCUUUCUCCAUUUAAACUUGACUUCGGUCCCUAAGAGAUCACCUCCAGGGAAAUACGCCUACAUUUGAUAUUUUCGGCGAAUUGGAAUAAAGGCAACAAAGUUUGAAAACGGGCGAAUUCAUUUUAAAAGUGACGUUUUCGCUGCCGUCAUCGUCGUCGAUGCUAAAGCUCCCUAGUGUCUCUUCAAUACCGGGCGUUCAAUACUUUAAAUUUCACCAUAUGCUUUCGUCUAACCUUGUGGCUCCGCCUUCGGUUAGAGCACUGAAGAUCUUACAGCUGCGCGUGGGACUGGCCGGUCUGUGUUGUGUCCAGUUGCAUUAUGGGCCUCCUUUGGGUAACAAAUUUUGACCCAGCUUUCUUUGGAACUUCUUGACAGCCAAUGAAACAAGUACUGGGUUAGAAACAUUAUGCUAGAAAAUUUGGGCGUUAUUCUUUGGAGCGUCGCCCUCAAAACCUCAGCAUUAUACCUAAAAUUAUGCUCGAAAAGUAGCAGCUGCUCGACUGAUCUUGGCUAUAUUUGAUGCCCUUUUCCAUGCCUGCAGAAUAAAAAAUACCUCCAUAAGCGUGAAACACAAUAUCGUAUUGCACCAAUUACAAAUUUCCAAAACGUAACUGACAAAUAAUGCUCAAAAGCACUCAAAAUGUCUUCUUUCAAAGGAACUCUCCAUCUUUAGGAUACUCUCUGAUCAACUACAUCUAUGAAAACUGUCAGUCUUUAUUCCACAUAACCUUCCGGGUUUUAUUUUUAUUCUCCUGUUUCUAGAUAUCUCAGCAGCUGGACGUGAUAAGCCGGCUUGAGCGUGACCUGAGUGAAAGCAGUCGUGAUCUGGAAAACUUGAAUGAGAAAGCAUCUGAGGAUGUGAGUGGAAAGGAAGGCGAACCCUUCUUAAAUAACAAUACUUACUUCCAGGAUUAGAGUCUGAUUCUGCUGCUCCGGAACGCACAAAUCCCGCUUACAUACCCUUCACGAAAACAUAAACUCUCUAUAGGGGAUUACAUCCCUUAAUCGCAAAAAUAUCAAAAGUAACAGUAUAGCCUUCUCGGAAAUUCUCUAAUUCACUUUCCUGGCAUUUUGUUGAUUUUAUAUGCAUCUCAUACGUGAAGUAUUUAUUUUUUUAACAUAACACGUUACAUAUGUACUUAAUUUGUUUUUAUUGAAAAAUUUCUUCUCAGUAACCGGCAUGUGGUGGCCUUAAUUCAGGAGUUAUUUUACAGCUCUGCUUCUCGAAAAUAAGAAAAAAGGCCGUUUGUAAUCCAUGACAAUUUUCUCCAUUUUUAACCACCCGUUAUAGUUCAUAUACUUUUAUUACUGCUUUGUAUUUUUUUGUCACCAAACUAAUAUUUUGAGAUUUUCUCUAACUUCAAGAUAAUUUUGAAAUUUGUAACUUGAAGAUUCAAAAUGUCGUCAGAUAGUUCAUUGAGGCGCCACAUGUGACUUGACGGAAGUUCUAUUUUUUUUAUAUACAUUUUUAGUAUUUUUGUACUAAUGCUUAUCUGUGGUUUAUUAUUGAUUCACAUUUUUUGACAUCUUUUAACUUAUUUUAGAAAAGGAUGCAGUUUUGUGCAUUCAAGACCAUAUAUCUUUCAUGCAUAGCUCUAGACCUGUUCUCAGUUCUUGGUGAUUUUUUAAACAAUUGAAAGCGACUUAUAUUGAAAUUAUAUCUGAAAAAUAAAUAUUGAUGAUCUUAUUUGAUAUAGAGGCUUUAAUAAAACUGGAAUAAUCAGUCAAAGCAACAAUAAUUUAAGACAGAUGUAUAAGUAAAUGAUUAAUAUAUCGGAUCCGAUUAAUGAUUCUAACGCCUUGAAAGAAAAAUAAAGAAAUGUAAGGUAUAUUUUACCAAUGAUUCAAAUAAAUACGUUUUUUAGCAGAAGGUCUCCUGGUUAAUUGUUGUCUUUAGAAUGGCAACAUUUUAAGACCAUUUCUUCUGCUUUAGUUAGAAGUGAUCGCCAAGUCUUCUUUAGCUUUUGCUGAAAGAUAUGGUCUUGAAUGUUGUUGUGGUAACAAACUGCGCUUUUCGCGUAGCAAACAAACCUCUUGAACUUGUUUCUUUUGCUUUCCAAAGUAGCUCGUGUGGCAUUCUCUAGUGAUAAGCACAUGAAUAAGACCAAAGUUGAACGAAACAGUUCUCUAGAGUAUUAUCACAUGACCUACAUUGGGAAAACAAAACAUUGACUACCUAAAGAGGUCUAUUAGCCUUUCAGAUCGCGCUUAGUAACAUUUGGCGUCUGACGGAGGCCUCGCGUAUAACCUAUCUUAUGGUUAGCGGACGUGAAUUUUUUUUUUUUGUAGAUUUACGUCGUGUACACUAUUUGGACAAUCGAAAGCGUUUUUUUUUGGCGUUUAUUUCAAAGCCCUAGCUUUACCGUCAUGAACGUACACAAAAAAAGUGAAAUGAGAUAUCUUUUUACGAUGUAAAGGUCUGAAAUACAACAGCUUAUUCUGUUCAAAUAAGUCUGUUCGUGGACGAUCACGAUCCUCUAGAGUCCAGUUUGUAUUUCCUUGUGCAGUUGGUCCCAUCGGUCCAAAGCCUGUAUCGUUCCCAGGAUCUCUCUUCUUCUCGUUCAAAGGGACGAAAGAGACAGGGAGAACCUGGGUACUAGAUUGGCCUUACACUAUCAUGAAAGCGUAUAAUCAAACUUUAUAUGCGCCCGACGUUGCUGUUUUUAGGUGGCAAUGAGAGAUAAGAGAAUUAAGCAGCUGGAAGAUGACUUCGCUGACACUCAACAGCAGUACACCGAAUGCUAUGAUGAGGUUAGUCAUGCGCAGUGUGAAAUAACCUGCAAUCAGGCGGUCCUUCUCCCUUUAAAAUAUGAAAAAGAGCGCCUGAUGGCAGGUUAGCUGUGACACAGCGGAAAGGUGGUCAGCGUUUAUUUAGUUUUACAAAUACAUGCCCCCAUUAUGUUUGGUAAGCUCUUCCGAGCUAUAUUUGAGAAUGAACUUUCAUUUUUGUGAUUAAACAUGAUGGAGAAUUCCCCCCGUUCUAUGACUGGAGGGUAGUCGCUUUUACUACCUCGCUGGAAAAUAUUUAAAACAAUGAAAUCGUAGGAAGUUUCAGAAGAGUGCGAUUUCCAGGUGAAUGUAAAUACGUAACUUCAGUAGUCGUUUUCUGCAACCCCGAGAACGAUACCAAGUAACAGUUAAAAAACAGAUUUCCCAGCCUACGUAACUACAUAGACAUAUCUGCUACUUUUUUAAUCUUUCCAAAACACCGAGAGAGUUCGGCGAUUCUUGCAACCAUUUCGUAUUUUGCACUUCUAUCUUGCGUGCGCGUGCGUUGGAUUCUAUGCGCGUUCUUGAUUUAACAUCACGACAUUCAAGUGACGUCAUAAUUAGUUGAAAAAAAAAAAAGAAAACAGAUAAACAAGAAACCUUAAAGUCCAUCUGUGUAAGUGUACACAUGGCGACCGCAAUCCAGUUAGCGAGACAUCAUCACGCUCUGGUAAAUUUACAAACUGAACUUUCUCAGUUGUUUAAUUAAUCAUUUUUAUAUUAGUUUUUAUUCGGAGUUUCAAAAUUGCAUCGCCUAUUUAGUGGUUCACAUAAUCAUUUUCUCGACGGUACCUCGUUUCCCUACUUUUCUGUAGCAGAGAAAACAUUUUUGUUCCUUUGUUUCUUUUGCUUAAUGUUUCCAUUCUUCUUCUUUUACUUGAAAACCAAAUUUCUGCAAGAUUUGUCUGAGUUGAGACUUGCUUUUACUUGUCUUGAAAUUUCUUUCCAAAAAAGAGACUCAUUUGUUCCGACGAGUAUGUUUUUAUUUUAGCCACUGACGUAUAGAAAGAAGCCUGCGUUUUGAAACUAUGUUCCGGCAGAUUGGUAAAGUCCCUGGCUUCUUCUUAUGCGGUGGCAUGAAUUAAAGCGUUACUCUUUUACUUUAGUCCAUAUUGAAAUAUGGACAAAAUUACGCAAAACGCCGUGUGAUUUUUGAAAUGUUCCAAUGACAGCUAAUGACCAAAGACCUCGCGUCACAUUUGCGAUGUAUGUUUAAAAAUCAAGCGUUUGUGUGUUCUUGUUCAUGUAUCUGCCGUUAAGCCAACCACGACUGAAAAAUAAUAUUAAAACCAUUGGAAGUAAGGGUACUAAUUUCGGAUUUUGUUUUCUUUAGCUUGUGCGCCAAGAGGAACUAAUGGCAAAGCUUCGAGAUGAAAUAUCGUCGUUACAAGAUGAUUUGUCUAAAGCCAAUGAUCAGGUAUUAUAAUUAACAGUGCAACUUCCAGUGUUGUUAACAAAGGUUUUACUGUACUUCAGACGGGAAAGUUAAACCCGAGACUACCGGAAAUAUCUUUGAAAAAGAGCUGAAAUCUAGUUAAAUGCUGCUUUGCCAAAUCUACAGAGAGCCACAGGAUUAGCUGUUCAAAAUUGUGUUAGGGGAUGUUUUGGGUUUCGGGGUUCAACAAGGGCUAAUCACAUCUUCGAACUCCGGUAGUCUGAUGCCCUCAAACACUAAGGGGUUUCCGAGGAAAAGAGAUUCAACUUUCAACUGCAGUUAAUGCCAGCUAAUGCGAAGGUCUCACAAAUAACGUGCGGGGAAAGUUCGUUAGAUAGAUGGUAAAACACGUUUUGUUUUUAGUUGGUGGAUUCUGAAGAAACUGUUCGCAACUUGGAAAUGGAAUUGGCCAUGUCACAGGAAAAGCACAGGAUAUGUACUCAAGAGGUAAAUGCUUUAUUAACGUUCUUCCGAUCUUUCUGUUGUUUUCAUUUCUUAUAUUACCCUUCUUAUUACUAUGCGUCAGGGACGCAGGACUCAGAGGUAACAAAAUCAUUGAGCGGGUGGGCGUGUGGAACCUGACUGUUACCCUUUAAAUCAUGGCUUGUUUUUUUCUCCUCUGUUUUAACUUUUAAAAAUGAAAAUGCUGUUAGAAAGGGGAGUAAUGGUAGUUGAGAGCAUUCGCCUUUCCCCAGUGUGGCCCAGGUUUGAAUUCCGUAGCGACGCCAUUCGUUUAAGUUUAUUUUUCAGUGCUUCUCGCCCUUGUUCUUGUUCCUUGUUCCGCCUUUGUUUCUCCGGAUGCUCCGGCAUUCCCUUUGCAUAAAGUUACAAUCAGUUCGAUGAAGAUUAGUGGACGAAAAAAAACAAUGUGGGGUUGUUUUGCCACAAGAUCAUUAUCUAAUUAUUUAUUUACUCGCAAAGUACAUAGCUUUAAACUUUUGCAUACGUUAUCGCAACGCAGGUCGCCAAGCGGGACGAGACAGUUCUGAGCCUGCAGUCCGAGCUGGAUGCAACCCAACAGGAGUAUGAGACGUGCAGUGCGGAGCUUUCAGAGAGAGAAACAGAAGUAGCGGAAAUGAAAACAAAAAUAGGGCAACUGGAGGCAGAAUUAAAAGGCUUAAAAGCGCAAAGAGAAAGUAAUGAAUCGAAGGCAAGUUAUAUGAUAAAGUGAUGGUUUUUGUUAUAAUGUUCUCGGUGAUAAACUGUCCUUUUUCAAGAGAAGACCUCAGCAUUAAAUCGUUUUAAUGAAUCAGUCCUUUUCAAGAGAAAAAAAAAUCUUCAUCAAACUGAAUAAUUGUUUGGCUCUAUUGGUGACCUAACAGCCUCUGAAAAAAAAAACAUGACUGAAUGGGAACGUGAGAGUGCGCUUAGAGGACUGAACGCGAAUGCAGGUGCUCAAUUUUCCGCACUGCCAUGGUCAUUUUUUAAAAUGAAUUUAGGUCUGCGCACGCCUUCGUCACAGUCAUUAAAUCUACCAAAUACAACCUUUCCAAAACGGCUGUUUACAUGAGCCGGGCUGGCUGGCUUUGCCGAGGUGAAUUUUAUCUUGGCAAUUACUAUGAUCCCGGUAUCACGCUAUCUCGAUACCGGUCGGAAUUUCAGCUAACCGGACUGGCUGGGUUGUCAUGCAAACACGAAGUUGAUUUUCAUUGCGUUAAAUUCACUUGCCGCGGUCUUGGUAAAGUGAUGCGCUCACUGAUGUAACUUACUCGCUAUGAAUGCUUUGUUGGAACUGAGGCGAUGUUACACGAGACUAUUUGCGGUUUUAAGACAAAACAUGUUGGCGCGAUGUAGAAACAACUCGAAAUAAUGUUUCACCAAUGUUGCAACGCUGUGUUGCGCGCUGAAAAUCGUCGCUACAAAUCGUUCCAUUCAACGUCACCUUAACAUUUUCAAGCUGAAGUUUAGUUUCUGCUUUAUUGAUAUAUUUUUAUAGUAUUACGUUGGAACGUGCUUUAAUUAAUAAUAAGCCUUUUUUUGUAAAGAUAGGUGUCCGGUGUUUUCCCCCAAAAUUAAUGACAUCUUUUCUCGUUGGCUGCCGUUGUGGAUAGGUUCGAUAGCAUAAUGUUAUUUGUUUACAGAAUAGUGUUCUUCGUUUACAGAUGGACAGCGAUGAGAAAGAAAUAAAACAGUUAAAUACUGACAAAGCUCGACUUAUGCACGAGGUUCAACGAUUGAUGCAAACUAUCGAACAUCUUGAAAAUACUAUGAAUGAUUCUGAGGAGGGACAUUUGUCAGAGGUAAAUUAUGCCAGUCUUACCCCCAGCGUAAAUUACUUUCCUUCUAAUUAGGGUGAACAAAUCCAUUUGCGUUAGUGAGCUCAAGCAAAGACGUUUUUAAGCGACACACGUGAACUGGAAAUGGACUUCUUGGGUUCUUGGGCAAUGCUUUCACCUAAAUGUUUGGGCAAAUGGUCUCUAUAAGAAUAGCUUCAUACCUUUUACAUUCAUAAGAAUUAUUUUUUUCCAGUUUUCAUCUGCUGACUUUCUAAUUCGAAAAAUUGUUUAACUUGAAUCUCAAGUUGACCGUUUGCAAACUCUGUAUUGCUCUAUUCUGUUCAUGUUGUUGUUGAUUUUGAUGUCUUGUUUGUCUGUUUUUUGUUUUUUGCUUCUCCAUUGUCAAGGCGUCAAAAGGUUUGUUAAUUUCCCCUCAGUGUGAAAGAUUGUUUCCUUUCAUUGCAGAUUAAACGGCUCAACACAGAGAUAGACACCCUUGGGGCUAACCUCACUGAAGUCAUGCAGAAAGAAAACGAUACUGCUAACAAGGUGAGGUAUUACGGUUCUCAUCAGCCUACUGAAGGUAUACAAAUACCGUAAACUGCCGCUUAUUGAUAAGCUCCUUAGUUACAGGCCUAUCUACCUAUAAACAAAAAAAUACUUCUGGUUGUAAGCCCCCCCCGGAUAUAAGCCCUUCUCCAGGUCCAAUUAUACCCCCCCACCCGCCUCUGAAUUCGAUUUAUUAUGACGUUUUGAAGCUUAGUUAAAAACUAGUAAACGUAAAACGUAAUUUCAUCAGAACUGCUAUAUCUUGUUUCGAACCACUUUUUCUAUUCUGGUUAUAAUCCCCCUCGGAUAUAAGCCUCUCCAUUUAUAAGUCCUCCUGAAACCCCUUACGAAGAUGUAUAAACGCAGGGCUUCUAAUAAGCAGCAGUUUACGGUAUAUAUAACGGAGUGUGGCAAAAGAAACAUGUGGAAAAACCUAGAGGGAGAAACGCACGCCCCUCCGUCUCUUUUAUAGUGCUCACUGAAUGUCUUCCUUUUUUGUGCCAUCCACCUUCCUUUACAUUUUUUUGAGGCUUGGCUUGUACUGGCUUUCAUUUCAUGAUCAGCGACUAUAUCUGGAGUAAGCCCAGAUAGUCUCCAUCUUAUGUAUAACCUCGGAUAAGGACGAAAAACUAUAGGUCCUCUCUCACAGCACUUUCACUUAUCUGGUUCUUGAGGGAAGUAAUAGAACCCACACCACUGUUCAAAAAGAGUAGGGAACGUAAAUUGGGGCCCCGCUCUGUUGAGUGUUCCGCUGCAUAUGGUUGAAGUGAUAAUGAAAAAUAAUGAAUAAAUAACAGCUGCCCUAUAGUCGUUCAUCUCGAGGUAUAGCCUUAUUAAUUAGGGACCUUAGAAGCAACCGAAGUCAACGGCGAGUGCACAGGAAAAUUCUUUACUGCACGUGCGUUUUAUGUUUGCGAUAACAAACACCCAAUGGCGACAUUAAAGAUUUGCGUAGAGAGUGAACAUAGCCCUGUGUUUUACUAUUUAGUCGUAAAUGCUUUUUCUCGGGGCCUAACGAUAUAGAUUUCAAAUAACUGAUAAUCUUGAACGGUAGUGACCCUACCUUCUUAUCCAAUGCCUUUUCUAAGCUCCGAAUUAAGCGAGCCUGGGCUUCCUGUAUAGAAUAGUUUCUUAUUUUAAGCCGAUUCAGUAGCUAUCGAGACUGCAGUUUUAUUCCACACUCUAAAAUUUCGGAAAGGGAAAGUUUAACUUGUGCAAGUCAGCCAUUUCAAAAGUUUUGCUAAUGACAAAGUCAAUUCAAAUUUCAGCUACAAGAAGAACGCGAGACCAAUAACAAGUUAUCCCGUGAGUUACAGCACAACCAGAAAUUGAAUGACGAAUCUCUUGAAGAGGUGGGUGAAAAUGCACGAGGAGUUUUAUAAAAUAUGUCAGGGUAAAAUGUAUUUGAUGUUUUAUCCAUUGAUGAACGAGUAUGCGUCUUUUCAGUACUAUAAUGAUAUUUAGAUAUCACAACUCUGUUAUUUACAUAUUUUUGUUCAAUGCUGUAAAUGCUUAGCGCGCUGUGAUUGGUCGAUGUCCAUGCUCUGCUAGCGAACUCACAAUUUGUGGUAAAAACUUCAGUGACACACUCGCCUGCGGCUCGUCUGCCACUUUUUUGUUCUUACCACAUUUCGCCGUCAUCUGUGCAUGAUCUGUUUUUGAACAGAAGCGGCAACAUGGACUCUGAUUGUUUAAGAUAUACCAAGCAAACAUUACGUGGGUUUUAAUAUCUCGUAUCUUCCUUCUAUGGAUGGGUGCCCCACUGUUAAACCGAACCAUCCUUAUUUUCCACACGGCACAUUACUAAACCUUUUCAACCUCGCCCUUAUGUAAAAUAAGGUGGAUUUUUUAGUUAAUCUCUUGAGCAUGUAAUUAUUUACCUUGACGCCCUCGUUGCCUAACUUAUUUCAUUUUACAGAUCGAGCGUUUAGAACAGAAAAUCAGACGUCAAGAAAAGGAUUUAGCAGAAACAAGCAAUCAAGUAAGUCAAAGAGGAGAACAUAUUUCAAACACUGUAAGUUUAAAAAAAACAGGGCCAAAACAGUGUAGCUAAGUUGAUUCUUUGAUUUCAGUGUUUAAUAUUUCAAAAUUUGUUACGUUUAUAUUUUAGGCCUCGAGUUUAAAAGAAAAGCUCAAAGAAAUCGAGUCACAGAGCCAUCAGCUACAGAAAAACAUUAACUAUUAUAAAAGUCAAUUCAAUCAAAGCGUUACCCAGGUAAUAAGGAAAUAUUAUUUUUGUUCUUUUCUAGUCUCUUUAUACUACUGGUAACAAUUCAGUUUCCUUUUCCGGCUUUACCUGACGAAGACGUCUUUUUUCUUUUGAUUUUAGGUCAAUCGAUGUGAAUCCACGAUCAAAAAUCUGGAAAGAAGUCUUAAAGACGCUCAAGAACAGGUAAACUGUCGCACCGCGCGAUUUUAAGUUUAAGAAUUUGGUUGGCAAAAUUUAAACUCGAGUUUCUUAAAGGUGUUCUGGAGUUUACAUGAACAGGGAAAGUUGAGACGUGAGGGCUUCGUGUAGGCAAUUACGCUGAUCGAGGAGGGUGUUAUCCGCCGAACCCGAAGACUGAGCUGUUGUGCCUCGUGCAAUCCCUCUCUCUCUCAACAAUUAUCGUAAAAGUGACUCAGUUUUAAAGAAAACUGGUCUCCCAACCUAAUGAUCUUUUUUUGAAUAAAGAAGAUGAGGCUUUAGGAAUCGAAACAUGCUAUUGGGAUUCUCUUCUCAGCCUCUUGUUCAGUAAGGUUAGCUUCUGGGAAUCUUAUGUUAAGUAACGGAGCUAGUAGAAUUUUGUCUAUUUCCAUUCUCCACCAAUGAGAUUUGUCGUGACCGUUUUUAGGCUGUGAAACGAGAAGAGGAAAUUAACCAACAGUCUCAAGAACUGGUUGAGUUGAGGAAAAAUUACUCAAGUGAAUCAGAAAAGGUGAGAGUUGUGAGAUUUCUUUCUUUCUUUCUUUUUUUUUUCGAAAGCGAUGAAAUUGUUAAAACGUUUAAAAGGCCCCGCCAACACGUAAUCCACGAGUUUUAAAAAGUGACCCAAAUUUUUGACAUGUUGACCUUUCGUCCACGAAUCCGACGUUCACCGAAAACGUACUGGCUAUUUGAAAACGCUUUUCAAAGUGGAAAUUUUUGAAAACUCCAUUGAUCAAACAUUGAGAGGAAAAAAAGUAUAAUCGUUAUUACAAUACCCGUUCUUAAACAGAAACGUCAUUACUUGUGGAUGGUCGAAGCGAUUCGAAAAAGAUUAGUGUGCACGCGAAUUUUCUUGAAAACAGAAAAAAUAUACAUGCUUUUUCAAACAACACGGAUACGUGUGGAUAUGGCCUCACACGGCACCUGCUGUGAACUGUAUUUCUCUGCGAAGCAACGGGAUCUCAAACAGAAGCUACAAAGAACCCUUACGACAAAGUCCUGCACGAAUUUCGCCUUUUGAUGUAUGACAACGAUUCCUCUUUUUAGGCGGCCUGUCUUCAUGACCUUGUAUAACUAAUACGCAAGGAGAAAAAUUAUGAUGCUCUCCUGCUUGAAGUAUUAAAACCUUUCCAUUAUUAAUGACACGUGGAAAUAAAUUGUUCAAACGCAGCGCUUUUAACUUGACAUUCUUGUUGAGCUUGCCGCUUUCGUUUGUCAAUAGAACGCAUUCAAGCCAUUGUGUUUCAAUUAUUUAUAUUCAUUAUUUACGCUUAUUUCGACGAGAUUGUCUAUUUUAUCACCUGUUGCUAGCGUGUGGAUUUAAUGAAACAUUUACACCAAUGUCUAGUAGCUCUGAUUUUAAUUUAUGUUUUUUUUUUUUUUACCAAAAAAUCGUCAAAAACGAAGCAACUGAUUCUUUUUCAAUCGUGUGGGAGGUCUAAGUCGCGCUCGGAUUUCAACAAAGGUUCAAACCUAAACUAAAACUAAAAAGGUAACAAAUAUUAAGUUUGAACAUUAUCGGAUUUAAAAUUAUGUGCGUUUUGAUUUUUUGUGUAAAAGCCAUCUAAGCGUUUUACAGCUUGUACUGCCAGCGUAUGUGACCGUUUUUUUUUUGGAACAAGUCCGUUUAAAUCUCUCAAAGUUGUUUUAGGUGUUUGAACGGUUUCUUGUCUGUUACAGUGCUGAACAUUGUCACUUUGCUUUAGAAUCAGAAACAAAGUAACGCUAUGGAAGAACUUGAUAGAGAACUACGUCUGGCACAAGAUGCUUGUCAAAGAUUGAAAAGCCAGGUAAUAUAAGUUUGAUAUUGUCUGCUGUAUUUUGGUUCUUGCGUCCAUGAUCUAGACCGUAAACCUCGAUCUAAGUCGCUCGUGAGUAGAAAUCUCGCCGGCUAUACUAAUCCUUGGAGUCAGAUUACAAGCAUUCACUGUUGAUCUCAUUUUUCCUUGUACGAUCUGUAUGGAAAGCUCUCCUCUACCAAUUUUAUAGGCAUUACUUUUUACUUUGAAUUUAUUUCCUCGUACUGCCUCCUCUUUUGGCAAAAUGGAAGCUUUUUUAUCCCUGUUGUCUGUGUACUUCGUUGAAUUUCUUUAAAAUGUUCCUACAAUUUUGUUCAGUUUCGGGUGAAUUCACGCCGCAGAUGGAAAGCUUCGAGAAUAGCUACACAACCAGCUGUUUUGCUUAUUCAAAAUCAUGUUUGUUCUAUAUUUCUGUGAAGGUUUUGUUGUAGCAAUACACAACCUAAUUUGCGGUUUUUAAUUGCAGGUCUCGCAUUGUGAAGACACUAUUCACAGUUUAAAACAAAAGCUCUCGGACAAGCUGAAAGAGGUAGGUUGAACUCCACGCCGCUUUAUGACGAUAAAUGAGUUUUACUUUAAGCUACAGUACACAUUCAAAUUAAAGCCUUGAAAUGGGUGCCAAAACAGCGUUAUCCACAAAAAUGUAACCAGUGCCCUUUUUAUUAAGCUAUGCACUUCAUUAAGAUUAUAAUUGCAAUAAAUAAAUAUAACUAUUAAGUAAUUAAGGAGUUUAUUUUUUAAUUUGACAAAUUCAUAUCUAGGCAAGGGCUUAGCCUGUGACGCAGACGUAUUUCCGGUAGUCACUUCUCUCCACCCGAGAUACGUCUGCGUUUAUACAAAAGCAAGGGCAAAGCCUGUAGUCUUCUACGAAUACCGAUAGGAUCAAGAUUGAGCCUCCUGAUUGUUUUUUUUUCUGUGUCGGAUUUAAGUUCACUGUCUGUAAGUUUCAUCAAGGAUUUAGUUAUUGGUUUACACCAGACUUUAGCUCGCAAUCUAUGAACUGAUAGAUGCUAGCGAGUACAUCAGCCAAUCAAAAUGCGGGGUUUACCAUAGAAUGUGAGGAGAAUUUUACUAACCAUUACUUCAUUUAUAGGGAACUGCACAAGAUGAUCGUGUUCGACACCUUCAAGAAGAUUUGAAUGCAUCGAGAGAAAAAUACGAAAAAUCGCUUGGGGAGGUACAGUUUGUCAGUAAAGGAAGUAGAGAGUUUGUUUCACUUGGAGAAAUCAUGAAAGUAUUCGAUGUGGUGAUUUGUCUCUUUCGCCAUCGUUCUUUGGGUCGUCACGCAACGUUCUUUCCGUUGAGCGUUGCGUGACGACACAAAAUAGGUCAAGUUGGAGACUAAGUAGUAGUGUGACACCUCUUUAUUGUGGUGACAUAUUUUAGGUCCAAACGAAAGAAAAGAGUGAGCAAAAUGGGCAAAAAGAGUGAAUUAUAGGGAAUCCGAAAUAGUCAAUAUUGUUUAGAAGUGAUAAGCAAUACUGCAUUAUGUAAACUUCAUAAGGGUUCCAAGGGUUUUUAACCCUAUUGGAUCAGUAAAACACUUCUGAACCACUUCUUUAGGUACGCCAUUGCAUUUUAUGUGAUCAUAUAAAUGCUGCUGUAUUAUAAUAAACGCCUUAAAUAAUAAGUUUGUGUCGCCAACAAUUGCUGUUUACUUGUAUUAUUGACUGCAUUUGCUACAUCUUCCGUACUUGCAUUUGCUAGAUCUCAGAAAAGGAAGAGAAAAUACGAAGUCUUCAAAAUGCGAUUCUUGCUGAGAAGGAACAACACGCUCAAAGGGUGCAGCAGGUAACUAUGUUUUUAUCACAACGCUAUUUCCCUGGGCCCUGCACAAACUGCUCUUUUUAAUCCCUUUCCCAUUUAUAAUGCAUUUGUUUCACUUUUACCUUCUGAAAAUAAACGUUAAUAACAAUUAUGGUCAUAAAGGUUGAAAAAGCGUCUCUGAAAUUAGCGGGGUAAAUUUGCGCAAAGUUUCUUGGUUUUGAUUGUAAUGCAGUGGCGGCUUCAUUUUUGCUGUUUCCUUUUAUUUUUAAUCAAAACUUCCCACUUCUUAGUUUUUCUAAGCCUGCAAACACAGUCGUCCCUCCUCGCUCGUCGCGUCUCUAGCGUGGUGCGGAGAAGCAAGGAGAGACGGGCGCUGUAUUCGCAGGCUGUUUUUCCUCGCCUGAAAUGGAAUGCACUUUUGAUAAAACCAGCUUUAUGUUAAUUCUACUUCUGUCCUGCUUGUCAAGGUAACUUAUUAUGAAGAGCGAAUGCUGGAAGUGGAAGACGAGUUAGGUAGAGUGAAGGAAGACAGAAGGCAAGCUUCAAUCCAGGUGAGUGUAUUCAAGCUUUCAAUAUAAGGCUACAAUUCUUGAUUCUGUCUUGAUUCCCGUUAAUCUUCGGGAUUCAUUCGUAAUUGUCAAUGAAUGAACAAUUCAAUGACCCUCAGACUCUGUUCACACUAGUCCCGUAUAGCUCUUGCGCCGGCACGAAACCAAACCGGAUAGGGAUUCUGUUCACACAUAAGAACCGUGAUUUUGGUUCGAUAUCUGUAACGGAGAGAAGCUGCGACGCGCCGAUCUCCAAGGUGGAGCGUCACAUAUCGGAUAGGUUCUGUGCCACAGUUUGGUGCAAAGUUAACAUCUAUUCGGACCAUAGCGGAAGUGAAUAAGCAAAAGCGAGGAAUGAAAUCCACUGAGACGGAAGUAAAUAUUCAGUAUUGAGGACUGGGAUUUAGUCCACCAAACCCUCUCGACCAACUGCUCGGGUAUGAUGUUCGAUGUGUGUGAACAACUUGUUUCAGUUCUGUCGUUGCUGUUCAUACUCAGCACGAUUUAAUAACCAUCUGGUAUAGUGUAAACACAGCCUCAAUUAUGUCGGAAGUGGUCCUUUUUUGCCACCGUAUAGACUGAUCCUCGGUCAUUUACUAGAUCAAUUUAGGUUUCUGGGAAACCGCCCACCUACCCAUCCCAUAAGACAUCAUUUUGCCCUAAGUGAGAAGUAAGUGUUAAUGUUAGCUUAGGGGAGGGGUAGGUGGGCAGUUUGCCAGAAACCUAAAUUUAUCCCAUUUACUCAUAAAGGAGGUUGAGGGUGCCUCUAAUUUCUAAAAUGCGAGGAGCUCUUCGUUUAUUCCGACACCGUCAAAGGGUUUUCGCUUGGUUAAAAGCCAUUAUCCUACAUCAUUAAGGUGCCACAUACUUCACGCUUUCAAUGUACAUGUUGUGGUUCAAUUUUAUCCUUGGAGUUGAAUUUAAUUUUCGUUUGUGGCACACUCAUUGUCAUACAUUACCAUACCAAAAACAAAGGAGAAAAAAUUUAAAUAACGAUAACAUUGACCCACAACAUAUACAAGCUCUUCUCUAAACUUACCCACCUUGACCUAAAAUUUCAUUUCUGCACUUGCAGAUUACUCGAAGUGAGCAAUUGAAUCAGCAGUUUCAGAAGGAGGUUACCAACCUAAAACAGAAGAGCAAAAACGAGGUGA